AUGAAGCCUGUGGAUAGUGAGUUAUGUAAUAAAUGUACCCAAUCUGAGGUGGGCAAUUAUAUGUAUAUAUUUUGGAGCUGUGUACCGUUGAAGUCUCUUUGGGUUUAUUUAGUUAAUAUUUUAAAUGUUAUUCUUGGCAGGAGCCUACCUGUUUGCCUAUCCCUCCUCCUGUUGGGUUGCAGCCCUAGCAUUUUGUUAUCUUACCAAGAGAGGCGGAUUGUUAUGGCUGCAAUAACAGCUGAAAAAAAAACGAUUCUAAGGAGUUGGUUUGAACCGGGUAUUGCCCUUUGCAGAUUUUGGUUGCUUAUGUUCUUGGACAUUGCACAGCUGGAAAGAUUCACUGCCAGACUGUGUGGGGCCAAGCCCAAAACUCUGGUCAAUUGGUCACAUGUUCACAUGCUAUCUCCCACUUGCAAGAGCUAAUUUAACAACACUGUUUGGUCGUGCGGAUAGGACAUAGCAUUGCCCUGCUUGGUCUUUAUUCUAUUUUCCUAAAUGGCUCUGUGUUGGUAGCCUUUGAGAAUUACAUUUGAAUAGAUCGAUUGAAUUUGGAAAUACUGAAACAUUUUUGUCUUUAAUCUGUUUUGCCCUUUUUCAUUUGCAUGGUGUUUUUGAGUUCCCCCCCCCCUAUUGAACUGUAUGUAUUUGUAUUGAAUCUUGAUACUGUAAUUAUCUAGGACAUGCAAGAAAAACGAAUAAAUCAUUGUUCACAAAAAGAAAACCCUAAAAUUGCUGAAAUAAGUAAAUCAAAUCAAUGAUGCGAGAAUACUGAGAUUAACUGAUACAGACAUGGAGUAUGUUUACAUGCACACUAGUAAUUUGAUAUUAAACUGAUUAUGGCAGUAGUCCAAGUAUGGCAUUAGUCAUAUAAACACCUUACUCUGCUUAUCUUAAUCGCUGUAAGGUCAUAAUCGAAUUAAGCAUACAAUGAUUAAAACAACUGGAUUUCUGAGCAAUCUUUCGAAUUAUUGGGACAUGGAGACACCUUAAUCAGAGUUGCAGUGGUGUAUUUGAUCUGCCCAUGUGCUAGCACCAGCAGCGCGAGCUUCCCUCUUUUGCAUGACUGAAGUGAGUUCAGAAAAACUGAAAGUAUGCAUCUUAGAAAUAGCUUUCACAUACACAUUUUAUAUGUCUGAACUCAAAAGAAUCAAAUAGGCUUCCCAAAAAUAACAUGGUCACUGUGGUAGAACUUUUAUUUUGAUUGGUGAUUUUCUGCAUUUAUCAAAGUCCCAUCAGGUAGCCUGAUUUCAGAUGUGUCCAUGUAAAUAAACAGUAUUAUUAGGGAAAUUGUUAUUUUUGCAAAGCAUGUAAAUGUUUUAAUUGAACUAUUAUAUUAAUCUGAGUAUUUGAACCCCUCUCAAUCAGAAAGAUUUCUGGCUCCCAGGUGUCUUUUAUACAGGUAACGAGCUGAGAUUAGGAGCACACUCUUAAAGGGAGUGCUCCUAAUCUCAGCUUGUUACCUGUAUAAAUGACACCUGUCCACAGAAGCAAUCAAUCAGAUUCCAAACUCUCCACCAUGGCCAAGACCAAAGAGCUCUCCAAGGAUGUCAGGGACAAGAUUGUAGACCUACACAAGGCUGGAAUGGGCUACAAGACCAUCGCCAAGCAGCUUGGUGAGAAGGUGACAACAGUUGGUGCGAUUAUUCGCAAAUGGAAGAAACACAAAAUAACUGUCAAUCUCCCUCGGUCUGGGGCUCCAUGCAAGAUCUCACCUCGUGGAGUUGCAAUGAUCAUGAGAAUGGUGAGGAAUCAGCCCAGAACUACACGGGAGGAUCUUGUCAAUGAUCUCAAGGCAGCUGGGACCAUAGUCACCAAGAAAACAAUUGGUAACACACUACACCGUGAAGGACUGAAAUCCUGCAGCGCCCGCAAGGUCCCCCUGCUCAAGAAAGCACAUAUACAGGGCCGUCUGAAGUUUGCCAAUGAACAUCUGAAUGAUUCAGAGGAGAACUGGGUGAAAGUGUUGUGGUCAGAUGAGACCAAAAUCGAGCUCUUUGGCAGCAACUCGCCGUGUUUGGAGGAGGAGAAAUGCUGCCUAUGACCCCAAGAACACCAUCCCCACCGUCAAACAUGGAGGUGGAAAUAUUAUGCUUUGGGGGUGUUUUUCUGCUAAGGGGACAGGACAACUUCACUGCAUCAAAGGGACGAUGGACGGGGCCAUGUACCGUCAAAUCUUGAGUGAAAACCUCCUUCCCUCAGCCAUGGCAUUGAAAAUGGGUCGUGGAUGUGUAUUCCAGCAUGACAAUGACCCAAAACACACGGCCAAGGCAACAAAGGGCGGCAGGUAGCUUAGUGGGUAAGAGCGUUGUGCCAGUAACCGAAAGGUCGCUGGUUCUAAUCCCCGAGCCGACUAGGUGAAAAAUCUGUCGAUGUGCCCUUAAGCAAGGCACUUAACCCUAAUUGCUCCUGUAAGUCGCUCUGGAUAAGAGCGUCUGCUAAAUGACUAAAAAUGUAAAAAUGUAAAAAGGAGCGGCUCAAGAAGAGGCACAUUAAGGUCCUGGAGUUGCCUAGCCAGUCUCCAGACCUUAAUCCCAGAGAAAAUCUGUGGAGGGAGCUGAAGGUUCGAGUUGCCAAACGUCAGCCUCAAAACCUUAAUGACUUGGAGAAGAUCUGCAAAGAGGAGUGGGACAAAAUCCCUCCUGAGAUGUGUGCAAACCUGGUGGCCAACUACAAGAAACGUCUGACCUCUGUGAUUGCCAGCAAGGGUUUUGCCACCAAGUACUGAGUCAUGUUUUGCAGAGGGGUCAAAUACUUAUUUCCCUUAUUAAAAUGCAUAUUAAUUUAUAACAGUUUUGACAUGCAUUUUUCUGUUUUUUUGUAGUUGUUAUUCUGUCUCUCUCUGUUCAAAUAAACCUACCAUUAAAAUGAUACACUGAUAAUUUCUUUGUCAGUGGGCAAACGUACAAAAUCAGCAGGGGAUCAAAUACUUUUUUCCCUCACUGUAUGUCAAAGUGUGUCAAAUAUGUAAGUUGAAAGCAUUGUAUGUUAAAAGCACUGUUUGUGUGUGGAUGUCCCUGACCUUGCCAACAGACAAAGAUCUGUGAAUGGAUCAGUCGUACACCAAUCAUGUUUUUUUUGGGGAAAACGUUUCUUUGGGAACAUCAGGCGACAUCCUAAAACGUCUUGAGGGACGCCCCCGGAACAAGCUGGGAACUAGACAAAAACUUCCAGGGGACCAUGACAGAACGUCCUAUGUUUUAAACGUCAUUGGACACAGAAAUGUUCUUGCAAUGUUCCCAUGAACAUAUUCUGAGAACAUGGCAACCAUAUUCUGAGUGUGUUUGGUUUGACAUUGAUGGAAUAUUCUCCUAACCCUCAGAAAACUGCACACUGGAAUAUUCUUGCAACAUUCCAAUGAAACGUGUCUAGAUCAUUAAUAUUGAAUAUUCUGAGAACAUGGUAUCCAUGUUCUCGGUAAGUUCGAUUUGACAUUAAUGGUCUAUUGGAAACGGUCCUUGCACAUCACUGGAAUGAAAAUUCCUAUUAAAAAGGCUAAGUAAUAAUGAUCUAAUGAGACUCUUAAGGGAACGUUCUCUAUAAAGUUGUGGGAACGUUUGUUGUUAGCUGGGUAAACAGUUUCUGUGCUCGCUUCAAGGAAAACAUCAACCCUCCUACGAGGGCCCCUGCUACUCAAGAGGACUGUGUGCUCUCAUUCUCUGUGAAUGGCAUAAGUAAGACUUAUAUGCGUGUGAAUACCCACAAAGCAACCGGCCUUGAUGGGAUUCCUGGUCGCGUCCUCAGAGCAUGUGCAGACCAGCUAGCUAGAAUUUUUACGGACAUACAGUAUUCAACCUCUCCCUGUCCCAGUCUGUAAUCCUCACGUGCUUCAAUAUGUCCACCAUUGUUCCUGUACUCAAGCAAACAAAGUUAACAUGCCUGAAUGACUAUCACCCUGUAGCACUCACUUCUAUCAUCAUGAAGUGCUUUGAGAGGCUGGUCAAAGACCACAUCAGCUCCACUGUACCUGACACACUGCACCAACUAUAAUUAGCAUACUGUCCCAACAGAUCCACGGACGACGCAAUUGCCAUUGCACUGCACACUGCCCUAUUCAAUCUGGACAAAAGGAAUACCUGUGAGAAUGCUGUUCAUUGACUACAGCUCAGCUUUCAACACCAUAGUCCACUCCAAGCUCGUGAUUAAGCUCAGGGCCCUGUGUUUGAACACCUCUCUCUGCAAUUGGUUUCUUGAGUUCCUGACGGGCAGACCCCAGGUGGUGAGGGUAGGCAACAACCCCUCAACACGGGGGCCCCCCAGGGGUGACUCAACACGGGGGCCCCCCAGGGGUGUGUACUCAGCCGCCACCUGUACUCUCUGUUUACCCACGACUGCAUGGCCACGCACGACUCCAACACCAUCAUUAAGUUUGCUGACGACACGAUGGUGGUAGGCCUGAUCAACGACAGCGACGAGACAGCCUACAGGGAGAAAGUUGGAGCCCUGGCAGACUGGUGCCAGGAUAACAACCUCUCCCUCAAUAUCAGCAAAACCAAGGAGCUGAUCGUGGACAACAGGAAACAGCGGGGGGAGCAGGCCCCCAUCUACAUUGACAGGGAUGCAGUGGAGAGCUUCAAGUUCCUCGGCAUGCACAUCGUCGAAGACCUGACAUGGACCCAACACACCAACACCGUGGUGAGGAAGGCGCAACAGCGCCUCUUCAACCUCAGGAUGGCCUCUCAGAUCCUCAAUAACUUUUACAGGUGCACCAUUGAGAGCAUCUUAUCUGGCUGCAUCACCACCUGGUAUGGACAUUGCACCACUUUCAACCGCAAUACUUUACAGAGGGUGGCGCGGACGGCCCAAUACAUCAUUGGGGGCGAGCUCCCUGCCCUCCAGGACAUUUGCACUAGUUGGUGUCUGAGGAAGGACCGGAAGAUUGCCAAGGACUCCAGUCACCCGAGCCACAGACUGUUCAGUCUGUUACUGUCUGGUAAACUGUAUUGGAGCAUCGGGUCUCGGACCAACAGGCUCCGAGGCAGUUUCUACCAUCAGGCCAUCAGACUGUUGAAGCAGCUGUCUACCCGCCUGCACCUUAGAGACUAUUUGCAUUGACUCUCCACACACACGCACGCACACACACACACACACACACACACACACAAAUUCACUGUACUUGUGACAUUAAAAACUUGAAACACACACACAUUCAACACUGCUGUUACUGUUUAUGAUUACUAUUUAUUUAAGCUGCUAUACCAAGUCACUUUACAUUACACACUUUACUAUAGAAAACAGUCUUCAGUUUGAUAAAUCUAUCAUACUGUAUAUUCUAUGAUGUACAUACUUCUCAUACUAGUUUAUUACUUUUUUUCUACUUUGUAUUACUACUACUUAUUUUUGUACUUUUGUAUUUGGCAUUUGAUUUUUGAUUGAUAUUGUUAUUGUACUGGUUUGUUGAGGAGAGCAAGCAAGCAUUUCACUGUACCGUGUUUGCAGUAGCGGUGCUUUGGUAAAAUCACUGGGGAAGCCAAGCCAGAAGAAAAAGCCAUAUUACAACCUAUGUGUUGUGGUAAUUGUGUUGUUUGUUCUAUAACUUGUUAGUUCAUAUGCCUUGCGACCGUGAUAUAUUGUAUGCCCAUGGCCGAGACUAUAAGAAGACAAAGGGGCAGAAUAAAUUCAACCACACCUUUGUUUAUUCACAAAACCGGAGAGCAACCUCUGUCCGGUGAAGUCCACAAAGCAUAUUGCAUGUAAAAAACAUUUACAUGACCUAUACCAUGGUCAAGAAAGUUAAUGUUUCCGACAUUUUUGGAUUACUACACAUCUAUUGAUUUAGAACCAUGGAGAGUUACCGCAAGUCACAAAGAAAACAGGAGCUGCCUCCACUAUUCCAGCUUAAUUUCAACUUCAACAUUACAACAUCAUCAAAACACCAAUGCUUAGUCUAAUACAGUGACAACUAAAAAAGAUACCAAAAACGAUUUAGUCCAAUCAAUGUAAGCUAAAUAUGAUGUGGCUAUCCAUGGUUCUGAUUUGUGUGUGUGUGUGUGUGUGUGCGCGCGUUCGUGCAAGUAGAAAAAACAUGUUGACUCACCCUACUUGUAGAGAAACGCCAAUGCCAUCCUCUUCUCGUUCAUGUUGACGAAACAGUCUAUGACUCUGUCAUACAGUACACUCUUUAAUGUUUUGUUGUCCUAGACCACCUGGCUAAAAUGCUUGCUCGCUAGCCUAACUUCCUUUCAUGGGCAACAUUAGCUAGUUAACAUUAGCCUUCUACAUCUAGCUACAUAUUGAGCUUUCAUCCUCUCAGUCCAGGGGCACAAUGUAUUUUAUGGUUGGAUCAGAAUCGCUGUUAUAAUCAUUGGCCAGUACGGAGAAUUAAGUAAAAACACAAUUUCAAAUCCCUAUCUCCAAUUUUAGCUAGCUAGCUAGCCAGCCACCGGAAGACCACAACACAACAAUUCAAGUUGUUUCUGUCGAUGACAUAUUUCUCUGUGAUAGGAGUGAAGCCAAAUCCAAACUGCCAUCCCUUGACACUUUUUUUGUUGCGGCAGGACCAUUCACAGUUGAGCUCACUCAGUUUAGCUCAAUGCUAAUUGGCUAUUAUUAUAUACUUUUUUUUUUUAUCAAGGGAGGCCAAAUGCUGGCUGGCUUCCCUUGCAUUCAAUGCUGCGGGCGGCAACAAUGUCAUACUCUUUAUGACCAGACCGCAUCAGAUAGAUGGCCUACACAUACAGAGACAGAGGGGCGCUGUUUCGCUCGCUCGGAUGCUUUCUCCGGUGAGAUACAUUCAGCCUCUUGCGAAUUGAAGGAAAAUUAUGACAACACAGAGACAAAAGAUAAAUAAUUGUUUAUUUUUUUCUUGGUAAAUUUUUUGGGGAAACCUGGCUUCCCUUGGCAUCCUUGAAUACACGCCACUGACCGUGUGCAUGUGACCAACACACUUUGAUUUGAUUUUACCAUAAAGUAGGGUAAAAAGCCCUCCACAGAAUACCCCUUCAUCUCAUAAUCAUGUUUGUGAAUGACUUAAAACCUCAGCAUUAAUUAAGUCUGUGUUUGGUUGAGUACCUGACUUUAAUAUUAAUGGAAGGAAUGGUUUUAUUUCACUACUAGAGCAUUAAUGGACACAGGCCUCUACUUGUGUCCCACUUUAUUGUGCUGACCAUCAUGUUCAUUCUUCGUAAUGGGAGAAUGAACACACGUUUGUGGCCAAGGCUCACUCUGCCAAGCAUACACUCUCUCCAAACCACUCGAAGGAAACCAACCCACUGAUCCCCCUAUAAUGGAAAAAGGCACUUUUCAACAAGAGCCUCUGUUGUAUGGAGUCACUGAGUUAAGGCGUGAAAAAUAACAUCAUUAUGUAGUCUAUAUGGCUCUGGUUUGGGAACAGCUGAGAGUUGUGCUUAUGUUUAAUGUCAGAGUGAUGUCUGGUGUUUUUAAUGUUGUUAAGUGAAUGAAAAAUGUAAGUGUUGGUUGGUGUUUUUAUUGCUGUGAAAUAAGAGACCAUUCCAAGAGCAAGCAGCUUUGUAUGAUCAGCGUCCAUCUGUUUCUGUCCUCUCCUUCAAUCUGGGUUGCUAUGGAUGCAAGAUGAACAUCAUUUUAGAAAAAGGUACAAGGUAAAGGUAAAAAAAUAAGUACGGUCCAGAUCAUAUGAAAAGAAAAUUGUAGGGAGCAGCAAUGUAACACACAAUGUUCUUUAGCCCAUACAAUUGGCCUUGAGAAAUUGUUUUCAGGCCUACUGUGAGUGAUGGUUAUGCUUUCAGACAUAACAAUGGAUCCCUCUCUUUCUUGUCCUCCCCGGAAAAUAAGAGGGUGCAGAAAUGAGAGUGACGGAAAGUUGCUCUUUCUUUACUGUGUUGGGUUGGUUUUUUGUCAUUUCUGAAGGUGAGAGGACAUUCAAGUGUGACCAGUGUGAUGCCACCUUCAAGAGGAAAGACACGCUCAACGUGCACAUCCAGGUGGUGCACGAUGGACACAAGAAGUACAAAUGUGACCUGUGUGAGAAGGCCUUCGUCACCCCCUCUGUUCUCAAGAGCCACAAGAAGGUGAGUUCAGCCAGUCUUAUGUACUGUAGAGCCCAGUCCAGACAUCGUCAGUCUCUCCUAGAGCAAAUCCUCUUUCAAAAUAAUGAUCCUGUAUGUGUGUUUUUUCCUACAUUUCGUAUGUAAGAAUGUCCUUCAAAUGUUAAAGGAAAGGUUCACCCAUAUUUUAUGUUAUAUUGUUGUUGUGUAUCUCUGAGUGAUGUUCUAUCGAUUCCCUGGGUCAUUUCAUGUUUUCAUGUGUAUCUGAGUUAUUGGGGUUUAAGCAGGCAGAAAUCUGUCCGGUAUGACGUAGCACCAUGAUAAAGUUGCUCUCACUACACUGGAAGUUAAUAGGAAUACUACUUUUAGAUCGCGAAACGUCUAUCAUACAUGUCAGAUUUCAAUAUUGGCCGAUGUCAUAACUCUGGAAGAUGUCUUCUCUCCAAUGAGCCAUUGAUCAUAUUUUUGCGAUAUUCCUACUUCGAGAAAUGUGUAAUUUAACGGAGGGUCUAGCACAUUUUCCUAUUUGUUUGCCUUUUAGUCCAGGGUGCAUUGCAUGGUGCCGUUGCCAGGGAUAUUUUUGAAAGGAGAUAGGAAUCCAAUGAAUGAAGGAACGUAUAACGCCCCACACAGCAGACUGUCGACCAAUCUCGUUCACAUUGUCAUACUGCAUCACGCUGUUGCUAAGCUAAUCGUCACGCAAUCCAUUCUCAAAGUCAGUGUAUAUGUCGAGAAACCUGCCUAUUGUCCUCAAAAGUUUGUAAUGUCACGAUUCCAAAGUUAUACGAUACUACAGAUAGCAAGUUAAUUAUCUCGGAAAGGAUUUGUAAUGAUAUACUUCUUGUUGACGAAAUUCGUGCUAAUGUUGAGUUUUUGAGCUAGCGCCCAAUAGACUCCCAUUCACUCCUUGAAGGAGAGCGCUCCUUGUCCCAGAAUCGCCCAGAAUGCACUGCACGGCCCAUUGACGUACCACGGGCAACAUUUCCCAUCUCCUCAAAACUAUAUCUCUGUUGCGAAUGUAGACUCCUAAACUGAUAGUGCAGUUUGUUUAGGCAAUUUUACAACUAACUAGCUACGUUACAUGCAGAUAUUGUCUUCGGUAUUAUUGUGUGUAGCUACGUUUGCUUGCUUGCUUGCUAGCUAGCUAGCCAGCCAGCCAGCUAGCUAGCCAGCACAUAGAGAGAGCAUUGCAUUGUGGAUUUUGUAGUUGACUUGAGCAGCAACAGAUUUCCACAAUGAUUUUCCAUGUUGCUAACAACCUUUAUUAUAACGCCAAAAUGAAACAUUUGUUCAGAAAAAAAUAUUAACACUGUAAAUUAAAGGAAUGAGUGGUUUUGGGUGGAUUUUUCCUUUAAUGAAAAGUAGAGGAAAUUGACAUUUGUGUUUUCUUGUGAUCUCUCUUGUAUGCUGGACUGGAACUAGGCUACAGUAUAUAGUCAUCCUCCACCAUUGUUCCCCGUGCAGCCCAGGAAUCAUCCGGUCUCUGUUUGUAAUUUACACAUGACAUUUAGUACAUUAACUCCACAGGGUUUCAAAGCACAGGACAGAUCAAUCUGACAUUGUCCGCUUGGCUUAUGGAUCAGAUUGAGACCAAACAGUUUCUUGGCACAUGGCAAAAGAAACAAAUCAAACAUAACAUGGCCUUAGUACAGUAGGACUGAAGACAGACAGGCACAUGAGUUGUCUCUCUCUCCGGUUGGUCGGUGUUCAGAGACUGGAGACUGCUGAGAGAGUGCUCUGUCUUGGCAGUGAUUUAAAGACAGGUAGCUGAGCUCAGUAACCUGGCUGGGACUGAACAGCAGGGCUGUGUUCCAAAUGGCACCCUAUAAGUUAAAUUAUAAAAUACAUGUCCUUUUGUAGUGCACGACUUUUAACCAGAGCCCAGGGCCCUGGUCAAAAGUAGUGAACUAUAUAUGGAAUAUGGUGCCAUUUGGGACGCAGCCCAGAACUCUGACUGGGGAUCUGGGAAGGACAUGGAGUACAUGGUGCUCUGUGUGCUGUAGUAUACUAUACAGAGUACAGUCUUUAUCCAUUUCCUAUUCCGCUCAUGGCAAGAGACUAUGGAUCGUCUCAUUCCUGUCAUCUGCGUUUGUUUUCCUCCAGGUGCUUUUGUCAGUGUGCUGUCUGGUUGUCCUCUCCACUUUCAGGUUGAUCUGAAAAUGAACAGUAAUGAUGUGUUUCUCUGGCAGCCCUAGUUUAGUCUUCCUCUCAGAACACCCUUAAAUUGCCGUAAUCAUUCUUCUUAAAGGCAGAGAUGUGUGUACAUGGAGCAUUUGUUUGCUCUGUAUCUGCCGUGCAGUGUGUGUACAGUACAGAACCUGUACAUUGUUUAUUUUGCAUUGCAUUUGUUUGUGUUUAUGUUUGUUGUGUGAAAAAAUGACAGAGGUGUUAGCCAAGUAAUGAAUGUCACAUCCAUACUAUCCACAUUAAAAGGAUGGUGUAAUGAUUAUGUAUAACCCCAAUAUUUUCCAAAGGUCUGUUUUGGAACAUAAUGUUCCCCAGUGAAAACUAUGAAGCCUUUUAUGAAGUAAGAAAUAGAAACAACAAACCAAACAACCGUACAUUGGGGCAUCUGGGAGACAUCUGUCCGUGUGUGUGUGUGUGUGUGUGUGUGUGUGUGUGUGUGAGAGAGAGAGAGAGAGAGAGGGAGAGUGAAGGAAAGGGUUUAUGUAACCUAAUGCCGAUAGCGUGGGAUGGAGGGGGAUGGAGAGAAGAGGAUGGGAGAAAGGAAAGAUGGUAUUCCUGUCUGUAUUGUUGUUCUGCUGUUUAAACUGUCACACAGAUUUUGAGCUUCUAAUACUUGUGUUUAUUCUGGGGAAUUUACAUCAGCCCAGCAGCAGAAUUCACAAAAUACUUACCUUUUCAGCAGAAAGAAAGAAAGAAAGAAAGAAAGAGAGAAAGAAAGAAAGAGAUAGAGAGAGAGAGGAAGUGAAGGAGAAUGAAGGAGGAGAGCGGGGAGGGUGAGAGACAUUUAGCCUGGCUGGGGGGUGCAGCAUUCUGCUCUUUUUGCACACAUUUCUUGCAGUGUGUACAUACAGUGCCCGCCAGUCUGGACCUCAGAGAAAAGACUGACCUGAUUGUGUUUGAGGAGUGAGGACAGGAGAUGGGAGAGGGCAGGUCGAGGAGGGAAAGAGGAAUGCAGGCAGAGCAGAUCUCUCUGGUCUCCGCCCUGCUCCUCACCCUCAACCUCCUGGCUCUUUGACUCUAAUGAUAGGCCUGCUGAAUCGUUUGGAUUCUUUAAUCCAUCUUUCCGGAGAAGGACUGAAACCACCCUAAAGUCAGCCUGUACAGUUCCAAUUGGAGAGCUGUGGAGUUCAGAGCCUGUAGAGUUCCAAUUGGAGAUAUGUAGAGUUCAGAGCCUGUAGAGUUCCAUUUGGAGAGCUGGAGAGUUCAGAGCCUGUAGAGUUCCAUUUGGAAAGCUGUAGAGGUCAGUGCCUGUAGAGUUCCCACUGGAGAGCUGGAGAGUUCAGAGCCUGUAGAGUUCCCACUGGAGAGCUGUGGAGUUCAGAGCCUGUAGAGUUUCCAUUGGAGAGCUGUAGAAUUCAGUGCCUGUAGAGUUCCAAUUGGAGAGCGCUAGAGUUCAGAGCCUGUAGAGUUCAAAUUGGAGAGCUGUAGAGUUCAGAGCCUCUAGAGUUCCAAUUGGAGAGCUGUAGAGGUCAGAGCCUGUAGAGUUCCAUUUGGAGAGCUGUAGAGGUCAGAGCCUGUAGAGUUCCAUUUGGAGAGCUGUAGAAUUCAGUGCCUGUAGAGUUCCAAUUGGAGAGCGCUAGAGUUCAGAGCCUGUAGAGUUCCAAUUGGAGAGCUGUAGAGUUCAGAGCCUCUAGAGUUCCAAUUGGAGAGCUGUAGAGUUCAUAUGAACACCAGUGUCUAGUAGCAGUGUCUAGCUCUAGUGGCAGCAUUCACAUUAAUGUCUAGCACCAAGGAGGUCUGGUCUCUCAGUGGGGUAGAUACUCCCAGUGUUGAACAGGAUCUCUGGUUAAAUGACUGACAUCAAAUAUUUGUCAGAAGACCACCCUUGAAUACACCCUGAAAGGACUUUGAGGCUUUGUAGCUUUUUAGUGCCAAUAUAUAUUAAACAACUUUGACAACUUAUCCAAUACUUUAUUAAAAAUACUUUGUAAAUGUUAUAUAACCAUAGGGCAUUUAACCGUAAUGGAACCUUUCAAAGUUUCUCUGUUUAGUAUCCAAGAGUUUUAGCAGAGCUCAUAGUAUCCAAGUGGUGAAUAUGCUCUACCUGUGAUUAUCAUGGGCUUUGUAAUGAGGGAAAGAUGUACCACUGAAUGUUACAAUUGUCUUUCCUAAAUACCAACAAUAUGUUUUCUGACCUUUUCCAUAACAGACGCACACAGGGGAAAAGGAGAAGAUCUGCCCAUACUGUGGACAAAAGUUCGCCAGCAACGGCACUUUGAGGGUCCACAUCCGCAGCCAUACAGGUCAGUGGCCCUGCCAUAACAAGACAAGUUCAACUGUCAUUGAACAUUACAUAAAACGGUGUAAGAUAAACACCAAUCCAGUCUCCCAGAUCCAUACAAGGCUAGUCUGCUCCCCCAGAGCCCAGAGUGGUAACAAUGUCCCAGAGUGGAUGUUCAUUAAACUGCCUUUAACUGGAGAGCCACACAUUCCUGUCUGUUUCCUUACCAACAGACUAGUGCACAGACCUGGCACAGUCACACACACUCCCUCCAUCUACCCCCUACUCCCUUCCUCCCUCCUUUUCUUUCUGUGUUUCUCUACUUCUACUUGUCUGUUUGGAUCUUGUCUUUCUCCCACUUAGAAUCUAUCUCUCUCCCCUGUCUUCCCCUGCCUAUCUUUCCUGCUCUCUCCCGAUCCUCCUCUUGCCCUCCCUGUAUCUGAGAUUGAAUCCUCACUCCAGUCCACUCUGCUUGUUUUCAUGCCACAGAUACAUCAGCAGAAAUAAUCUCAAGCUAAGUAGCUCCCAACAAACAAUGGUUAUUUCCUUUCCCCAAUCCCUUAAUCUCGGGAAUGUGUUUGCAGCUUUAGUACUAACGAUUUUCCCCUUCUGCCAUUGAGAUCCAAAGCACACAAUCUGUGCUAUCACAUCAUCACUAGGGCAUCUAUCACUAUCACAACCAUCACUACUAUCACUGACCACCAUCCAAUUUAAAGAACGAUGUCUCAUCUUCCAAUCAUAGCUACCUAAUCAGGGCUCUAGACUAUGAUUAAGCAAUCAGAAUACCUUUUGACUGUUUAAAUGAGCUUGCUCAUUUAUCUAUAACUAAAUAUCUAUUAGCCUAAUACCUAGUCCUACCUAUUUUGGUAAGGACUUAGUCUAGCACCAUUUUAUUGCCAGCUGUUUCUCUAUGAACAAUUGUAAUUUUGAGAGUGAAAAACAAAACAAAAUAUAAAACCAGGAAAAACAUUAAACAUAAUUUGGGAAAAAAAUCACAGAUUUGAUAGGGCCCCCCUUAGAGUUGUUUUAUUAACCAUUAUUUUACCAGGUAUAUUGACAGAAACACAGUGCACUUCUUUCUCUUGUACACUAAAGUCCUGGGGAAGAGUUGCAGGAGAGAGGAGAAGAAGAGAAGAAUGUGCCUAUUUGAAAGAUAGACAAUUAAUUGUAGCUCGCAAUAUUUUAGAAAAGGUUGGAGACCCCUGGUAUAGCACAUCUUAGACAGUUCUAAGAUAUCUGAUAGCAAACAUUUAGUAGUGAAUUGCAUACAAGUGUAACUUCAUCACCUCAUGUGCACAACAGAGAGAGACUCACUGAUAGAUAGAGAACGCUGUGGGCUCACCAACUCCGGCUUUCUCUCGUUGUGCUCUUUACAACGAACAUGUGACUGGCUGCUGUUCUGGGGAACUACGGUAAGCGUCAUAAUGAAAAAUAAUGUGACAAGUGAAAUUAAGAAUGCAAUCUGCUUUAUCUCCUAAUGUAUUGCACAAGUUGACUGCAGGUUUUUACUUAAAAAGUAGCUACAAAUAUUCAAAUGUAUUCAAAAACAUCAAAUAAAUAUUUUCAAUGGUAUUGACGGUAUAUGAAAACAAUCCUGUGGGUAUUUCCAAAUACCCCGGUAUACCAUAUAUACAGUAUAGCACCCAACCCUAGACUGUACUAUUAGAUCCAAGGGACACAAAGAACAACAUCUACAUGACAUCAUGUCCCUACUGGCUGCCCAAAACACAGAGACAAACAGCACUAAAUAAGUGGUCCUUCAGUGUUCCCAGAGGUCUGCCAGAUGUACAUUUGGACUGCAUUUGAAUCACGUUGUGCCCAGAGAGACUACUGCAUACUUAACAACUGUGAAGACACUGGUCUCCAGCAGAGUAAAUGUCCCUUACAAUUACCGAUCGUCUUCAGUCCAUUAGACACACCACUACUCAGUCUGUUCUGGCCGUUUAGAGGGAAACUAAAGACAUCUGCUUCACUGUCUUUAUAAUGACAUACAGUACGAUAUCUUUACACACAUCAUGCAGAGUGAUGGGUCAAAGGUGGAAUGACUCAACCGUUUUACUCUUCUCAUAUCUUACACAGAGGACAUAGGGUUUUUAAACCAAACUGCCAAUUCAUCUCGAUUUCAAUGAUGCCUGUUUGACCAAUAACUGCAAAGUUCACUGUUUUACUGUACGUAAUGUGAGCCAGUCAUACAUUAGGAACCCUAAAUGUUAUAAUUCCAGAAACUGAAUCCAAACUAUAAAAUCUCACACAAAGAACUUCUCUGUUUAGAGGCACUAAAUAGUUGAACUGGGUGAUUCUAUAAUAGUGACAAUUUGUGAGCGCCAAACUAUGACAUUUGCUAUGAUGUCAGUAACACUCAGUGGGCACUGGGUUCUGUAAACAUUUCCUUUGGCGUAAGCACCUUGGUCAACCCCAGGACUGUCAUAUACCACAUAACAUCACUGCACACUGUAGAAAACUGUCACACUCACCUAUGAUCUAUUUAUGGUCAUUCGUAUUUACACCAGUCUUAUGCCAACAUGAAUAAUAAUAAUAAUAAUAUGCCAUUUAGCAGACGCUUUUAUCCAAAGCGACUAACAGUCAUGCGUGCAUACAUUUUUGUGUAUGGGUGGUCGCGGGGAUCGAACCCACUACCUUGGCGUUACAAGCGCCGUGCUCUACCAGCUGAGCUACAGAGGACCACAUCAUCAAAUAAACUGAGUCAUACUCUCUGGAAUCAUCUGUAAAUGAGAAUAUGAGGGAGUCCCCCUCUUUGCUUUAGUUUAGAAUGGAAUAAGUUCUAAUUGGAGUUCCAGACAUGGAGUUUGAUUGUGAGUGGCAGGGAAGGGUCCCUACUCUCUAAGGUGAAUGAUGUCGCCACUCGCCAGGAUACCUUGACAUCAUCAGCAGUACACAAGGAGAAGUCCCACCCUGUCUGUCUGGCUGGUAGAAGGUGUGGGAAUCAAUGAACAGCUAAAUCCCAUGUUACCAUGUGUUAGUCAAACAACAUCCCAAAUUAAUGUGAUGGCCAAACACAUAGACAAUUUCCUCAUGACCAGUGAAACAGUGAUGACCAGAGUGUCGAGUGACUGCUCCCAGAUAAUCGCUGUGAGAAAACCUUACAAAGCAUCCUGUGUAAUUAGUGUUUACCAGGUAAAGCACCUCUGUAGCUCAAUUGGUAGAGAAUGGCGCUUGUAAUGCCAGGGUAGUGGGUUCGAUCCCCGGGACCACCCAUACGUAAAAAUGUAUGCACACAAGACUGUAAGUCGCUUUGGAUAAAAGCGUCUGCUAAAUGGCAUAUUAUUAUUAUUAUUAUUAUUAUUAUUAUUAUUAUUAAAUAAGGGAAGCUGUGCUGUUCCUGUGUGAGGACACUGGAAAAACAAACAAUACCAGGCGUUUAACUUUGUACCAUCCAGAGAGACUGUCGACACACAGGUCUUUUAACCUCAGCUGGGGGCUUCCUUUAAAGAGAUUAUUGACAGGAAGAGGAGCCACGUUAAAGGUUUAUUUACAGAACUAGCAGCCACAUGGACAAAACUACACCUAGUGUAGUACUGACACAACACUAGUCUUUCAUAAAUGUCUUUAAAAAAAACAAGGGAAAUGUGUCUUACAGAACCUUGCUUUUUAACUGUACUUAACAAAGCCAACCAGACAUUGAGCAAUUUACUAGUCACUCCAUCUUCCUCCCUGCAGGGAAGUCAAAGACCACUAGAAGAGAGAGAGACUCUAGCAGUGGAGGCUCCUCAGGGGAGAAAGGGGAGGACCAUCCUCCUCAGUGAAUUUCACAAAAAUGUAAAUAGUGAAACAUUUAUUUUUAAAUAUCCUUUUUAAAAACUAUACUUAAUAUAUUCACGUCAUCAAAUAAUUAAUUAAAACACACUGUUUUGCAAUGAAGGUCUACAGUAGCCUCAACAGCACUCUGUAGGGUAGCACCAUGGUGUAGCCGGAGGACAGCUAGUUUCCAUCCUCCUCUGGAGGCUCGUGGUUCUCACCCCUUUCCAUAGACUUACACAGUAAUUAUGACAACUUCCGGAGGAAGUCCUCCAACCUAUCAGAGCUCUUGCAGCAUGAACUGACACAAUCAAAUUAUCAAAGAAUGAAAUGUGGUGAGUAGUUGACUCAAAAGAGAGAGAAAGACAAUAGUUGAACAGUUUUGAAUGAAUUAAUUUCUUUAAAAUGAAGGAGAAGCGAGAGAGAGAGAGCUAGCUAUAUUUCAUUUUUUUAGCUAGCUUGUUUAGCCUACUCAAACACUCAGCUCAAACAGAGAGUGAUGCUAUGUUAGCUAGCUGGCUAGCCAACACUGGAACUCUUCCAAGUCAAGGUAAGCUUUUGGUUUUAUAAAUGUAUUGCCAACUGGGCCCGCCGGUGUAACUGCUAAACUCCUUGCUGACUGUACACUGUACUGCAUGAUUGUAGCGGGUUUAUUAACGUAUUAGUUCUAGUAGCUAUGUUGGCUAUGACAUAAUAUGGUGACAACGAUGUAGCGGUUAGCGGUUAUGAUAUGAAGGUUUGGCUUGGAAAGGUUUUUUCGCCUGGUCACAGACAACUGAUGUAUUGUGCACUGAAGUCCACAAGUGAAGGGAAAAGGUGCGAUGAGGAGAGCGUGUAGAUACGAUAAUAAAUUAUACAAUGAUCAAAGGGAUCAUGCUGUAUUGUAUGUAUGUGGCUGCUAUGAAAGUGAACUGUGUUUGCUUGAGAUCAGGGGUGUAUUCAUUCUGCCAAUUCUGUUGAAAAACGAAUUCUUAAACGGAACGAAACGGGGAUAAACAUACCUGAAUUUGUCCAAUAGAAACUCUUGUUUUCAACUGUUGGACUAAUAAUUACACCCUAGAUCAGCUAGAUGCAGGCAAGAGUGUGCAUUGCGGUAUUGAAUGUGUCAAUGUCUGUCACCUUGAUUACUCAAAUUUAUCUCGACCUGUACACCUACGUUGUAAACUUUCAUUCAUAGGCUAGGUUGUAGCAACCUCAUGAUGGGUAUAGGGAAAAUUUGAGUGUCAUGUAGUAGCCUAAACCUAACAAUGUUACAUUGAGCUGGGUGAAUGGAAUAUGAAUGACAGUCAUCCAAUAUGCUGUAAUAGAAAUAAGGCCAUGCAUAUAAAAAAAAAAGUGUCCUCCCUCAUCUUAAACGGCACGACCGCCACUGGACUCUACCCCAAUUAAAAUACCCCCACCACUGAUUCAGUUCAUACAGCAUCCUUUGUAAGGCCAUACUAAGCGUUCAAUGUAUAUUCAAUGUAUUAUGCAACACUAACUAACACUUCAAAUUACUCUGGAAAGAACCGUAUGCCCAACCAAUUACUCAUCAAUGUGAGAGAACAAAAUGAGCAUUGUUGAGGUUUUUUAUGGGAAACUCACACUUUUCCUCAACCUUAUUUUUCUUUACUCAAGAAACAACAAAAGCUUGGGCAAGUGAGUUCUGGGCUAUAGAAUGAGAGGACAGAUUUACAGCCAGUCAGGGUCAAGGGUCAUCCUGCUGGAUGCUUUCUUUGGAGUGGUCUUUUCUCUCUUUUCUCUCCUUCCUCCUUUCUUUCUUUGAGGUGUCCCCUCCGCUCCCACCCAUCCCCCUGCAUUCCCCCACUGCCCGCUCUUUUGUUUAUAUAUAAAUACAAAUCAGACUCAGCCAUGUCCCACACUGCCACACACACACGCACAUACAUACACACACACACAUGUGCAAGCAUGCACAGACACAAAUGCAGGCACGCCCCCCCCCCACACAAACACACUCUUUAUUUUGUUCUUUUGAAACCUAGAGGGUGAGUAGAAAUUGGAUGUUCUGAGUCCAUGUAAAUGCUUAAAUCACAUCAGAAGACAAUUUUUUUAGGUCUGAAAGAAAACAGAGAAAUAUCGUUUUGAGUGUAAUUCCCCUUUAAUUGCACAUCCAGACUUUUAAUUGCGCAUCUAGCAAGUGAGGAAUGUACCGUCUAAUAUGCCGGUCUAGCGAUGGUUCUGUACUGCUGCUAAUUUCAAAUAAUAGAUACCUAAAUAGUAGAAGCCUAAUUUUUGUUGUCCAUUAGUUUACUCCAAUUAGGGGAGGGGUGGCAGGGUUAGGGGAAAAUAAUAAAGGAAAAUAUAUUUAAAAAAAAUAUAUAUAUAUAUGGGGGUUUGGAAAUGAUGCAGGCAAUUACAUUGAUGGAAGCCACAAUCUAUCUGCAAAAUUACAUCUGGAUACCGCUCAUGUCUAGUACAGUCUGUCCCAAAGACUCUCCUCCUCUCCUGCUCUUCUCCUCUCUCACCAUGAGACGUACUGAGGGUAGUUUCCACUGAACAAGGUGUGUGGUGAGGGUUGUUUCAAAGUGUGGAUCAUUAUUGUGUGUGUGGGUGUGUGAUAGAGGGCAGGACGUGAAGUUCUCUGAUACAGGUUCUCUCACAUGGGCCAGUUUAAGAGAAACGUUUGAGGAAGUAAAGACAUCUUUGGAGGCCCAGGUCAUAAUAGAAAGGUCAAGUGUAAAGUUGUUGGGCAUUUCUGGGGCUGAUCAAAGGCAAAUCGCUUAUCGGCUAAAAUUGAUCGAUAUCACAUUACCUCAGUGGCCCCUGUCGGCAUGCAGAGAGAGGCAGAGCGAGAGAGAGGGGCCGAGGAGGGCCAGUGUGGCUCGACUGGAGGAAGUCAGGAAUUAAUUUCUGAUGGACAGCGCUAAUGCCUUUCAGACCAGGGCCUGGAGCUACAAAGUGUUCUCCGUAACACGAAUGCUGUGCGGCAGGCAUGCGACGAGCAAGACCAUCUGUUUACCAGACACACACACACACACACACACACACACACACACACAGGCACACACACAGGCACACUGUCAUAGGUGCAAAACUGAUCGAUUAGCAGACAAGGGGUGUGAGGAGCACAGUGGGGGGUGGGUGGCAGGGAGACUCAGGGUCACAGGGAGAUGGUGUCCCAUUUCAGCGCAUGCUAAAUCAGUUACCAUCCCCACCACACAAAGCCCAGCGUCCCCACAUAAUCCCCAAACAAUCUCACUCAAUCUAGAUAAUAAGUGGAUGGUUUCCAAUUUCACUAGUGUUCAACUGAAAGGACAUAGCGCCUCUCAUAUGAACCAUACCAGCUCAAGGAAAUUAUUCCUGAAAUGAUUGCUAUUGGUUCUGGUCCAUGUUUGUAUCCUGUAAAGGAUUGAGAUGAUAUUUUCGGAGUAUUCUGGAUGUCAGGCAUGUGUUAGAGAGAGCUGGUCUGGUUUGAAGUGAGCGGUGCCAAAGAGUUGGGGUUGUGUGUCAGUCAACUGUGGAAGAAGCAUAAUGUUACUGAACAUUUACGUAAGUUUGAUCAUAGCGAGCACAUUGUACCCUGCUGUUACAAUGUUGAGGACUACUGCCGAGCUCUCGAAAUCAAAUCAAAUCAAAAGUUAUUUGCCACAUGCAUCGAAUAUAACAGGUGUAGACAUUACAGUGAAAUGCUUACUUACAAGUCCUUAACCAACAAUGGAUUUUUUAAAGUAUUAAAAAAAUAAAGUGUUAAGUAAAAAAAAUUUAAGCAAAUAACUAAAGAGCAGCAGUAAAAUAAAAUAACAGUAGGGAGGCUAUAUACAGGGGGGUACCGGUGCAGAGUCAAUGUGCGGGGGCACCGGCUAGUCGAGGUAAUUGGGGUAAUAUGUACAUGUGGGUAGAGUUAAAGUGACUAUGCAUAAAUAAUAAACAGAGUAGCAGCAGCAAAAAAGAGGGGGGUGGGGGGGCAGUGCAAAUAGUCCGGGUAGCAAUGAUUAGCUGUUCAGGAGUCUUAUGGCUUGGGGGUAGAAGCUGUUGAGAAGCCUUUUGGACCUAGACUUGGCGCUCCGGUACCGCUUGCCGUGCGGUAGCAGAGAGAAAAGUCUAUGACUAGGGUGGCUGGAGUCUUUGACAAUUUUGAGGGCCUUCCUCUGACACCGCCUAGUAUAGAGGUCCUGGAUGGCAGGAAGCUUGGCCCCAGUGAUGUACUGGGCAGUACGCACUACCCUCUGUAGUGCCUUACGUUCGGAGGCCGAGCAGUUGCCAUACCAGGCGGUGAUGCAACCAGUCAGGAUGCUCUCGAUGGUGCAGCUGUAUAACUUUUUGAGGAUCUGAGGACCCAUGCCAAAUCUUUUCAGUCUCCUGUGGGGGAAUAGGCUUUGUCGUGCCCUCUUCACAACUGUCUUGGUGUGUUUGGACCAUGAUAGUUCAUUGGUGAUGUGCACACCAAGGAACUUGAAGCUCUCAACCUGUUCCACUACAGCCCCGUCGAUGAGAAUGGGGGCGUGCUCAGUCCGCUUUUUUUUUCUCCUGUAGUCCACAAUCAUCUCCUUUGUCUUGAUCACGUUGAGGGAGAGGUUGUUAUCCUGGCACCACACGGCCAGGUCUCGGACCUCCUCCCUAUAGGCUGUCUCAUCGUUGUCGGUGAUCAGGCCUACCACUGUUGUGUCGUCAGCAAACUUAAUGAUGGUGUUGGAGUCAUGCCUGGCCAUGCAGUCAUGGGUGAACAGGGAGUACAGGAGGGGACUGAGCAUGUACCCCUGAGGGGCCCCCGUGUUGAGGAUCAGCAUGGCAGAUGUUUUGUUACCUACCCUAACCACCUGGGGGCUGCCCGUCAGGAAGUCCAGGAUCCAGUUGCAGAGGGAGGUGUUUAGUCCCAGGAUCCUUAGCUUAGUGAUGAGCUUUGAGGGCACUAUGGUGUUGAACGCUGAACUGUAGUCAAUGAACAGCAUUCUCACGUAGGGGUUCCUCUUGUCCAGGUGGGAAAGGGCAGUGUGGAGUGCAAUAGAGAUUGCAUCAUCUGUGGAUCUGUUGGGGCGGUAUGCAAAUUGGAGUGGGUCUAGGGUUUCUGGGAUAAUGGUGUUGAUGUGAGCCAUUACCAGCCUUUCAAAGCACUUCAUGGCUACAGACGUGAGUGCUACGGGUCGGUAGUCAUUUAGGCAGGUUAUCGUAGUGUCUUUGGGCACAGGGACUAUGGUGGUCUGCUUGAAACAUGUUGGUAUUACAGACUCAGUCAGGGACAUGUUGAAAAUGUCAGUGAAGACACUUGCCAGUUGGUCAGCACAUGCUCGGAGGACACGUCCUGGUAAUCCGUCUGGCCCUGCGGUCUUGUGAAUGUUGACCUGCUUAAAAGUCUUACUCACAUCGGCUACGGAGAGCGUGAUCACAUAGUCAUCCGGAACAGCUGGUGCUCUCAUGCAUGCUUCAGUGUUGCUUGCCUCGAAGUGAGCAUAGAAGUGAUUUACCUCGUCUGGUAGGCUUGUGUCACUGGGCAGCUCGCGGCUGUGCUUCCUUUUGUAGUCUGUAAUAGUUUUCAAGCCCUGCUACAUCCGACGAGUGUCAGAGCCGGUGUAGUACGAUUCAAUCUUAGUCCGGUAUUGACUCUUUGCCUGUUUGAUGGUUCGUCGGAGGGCAUAGUGGGAUUUCUUAUAAGCGUCCGGGUUAGAGUCCCGCUCCUUGAAAGCGGCAGCUCUACCCUUUAGCUCAGUGAGGAUGUUGCCUGUAAUCCAUGGCUUCUGGUUGGGGUAUGUACGUACGGUCACUGUGUGGACGACGUCAUCGACACACUUAUUGAUGAAGCCAGUGACUGAUGUGGUGUACUCCUCAAUGCUAUCUGAAGAAUCCCGGAACAUAUUCCAGUCUGUGCUAGCAAAACAGUCCUGUAGUUUAGCAUCUGCAUCAUCUGACCACUUUUUUAUUAACCGAGUCACUGGUGCUUCCUGCUUUAGUUUUUGCUUAUAAGCAGGAAUCAGGAGGAUAGAGUUAUGGUCAGAUUUGCCAAAUUGAGGCCGAGGGAGAGCUUUGUAUGCGUCUCUGUGUGUGGAGUAAAGGUGGUCUAGAGUUUUUUUUCCUCUGGUUGCGCAUUUAACAUGCUGGUAGAAAUGAGGUAGAACGGAUUUAAGUGUCCCUGCAUUAAAGUCCCCGGCCACUAGGAGCGCUGCCUACUUAUGGCCUUAUAUAGCUCAUUGAGUGCAAUCUUAAUGCCAGCAUCGGUUUGUGGUGGUAGAUAGACAGCUUCGAAAAAUUUAGAUGAAAAGUCUCUUGGUAAAUAGUGUGGUCUACAGCUUAUCAUCAAAUACUCUACCUCAGACGAGCAAAACCUUGAGACUUCCUUAGUAUUAGAUUUUGUGCACCAGCUGUUGUGUACAAAUAUACACAGACCGCCACCCCUUGUCUUACCGGAGUCAGCCGUUCUAUCCUGCCAAUGUAGCGUAUAUCCCGUCAGCUGUAUGUUGUCCAUGUCGUUGUUCAGCCACGACUCGGUCAAACAUAAGAUAUUACAGUUUUUAAUGUCCCGUUGGUAGGAUAACCGUAAUCUUAGGUCGUCCAAUUUGUUCCAUUUGCAGAGUGUGGGUGUCUGUACAGUAUAUCAGCUUAUACUCGCCAAGUCCUCUGCUCCUACCCAGAGGGAAGCGCUCUAAGCCACAGAGCACACUGCCACACUGUGCCAACCAUAUUAGAACACACUAAUGCCUUCUCCAAGGCCUUAACCUGAUACCCUACCAUGCUACAUAACAGACAGAUUCUCUAUCCUCUGUCUCUGUGCACAUCUGGGAUUCAGAUUUUCUUGUUUGUCAACAAAGGCCUCCUAGAGACUGAAAUUGAGCAGAAGGAUUUUUGGGGGUUGGGAUUUUGAGCAGCCUUCUCUGCACAUGUUUCUGAAUGUGUGAUCAUUCUGUACUGUACAUGAGGCCUGUUGUUAACACUUUACAAGCUAUAUGUUGGAUGGAUGAGACAGUACUGCUCUGUCCCUCCCUGGUCCUCGUUAGCUCCCUUGUGGGGAUGUCUGGUGUGCCCUUUCUACCUUUGUGGUCACUGCUGGUUUAUGAGGACAGCAAAGUGAUGGCUAGCCUGGCUUUGAUUGGCUAACAUUUACUGGGUUGGAAGAAAUGGUCAGACACUCAAACACUAUUGAAAACAAACCAAUAAAAUCCCAACCUUGAGUUAGAGAGGACUUAAACAGAUUGGAAAUGUUUUUCCUCCCCUGAAAAUGAGUGAAUCUAUAAAGGAUGCAUCCUUGCUGACUAGUCAUUUACAUUACAUUUUAGUCAUUUAGCAGACGCUCUUAUCCAGAGCGACUUACAGGAGCAAUUAGGGUUAAGUGCCUUGCUCAAGGGCACAUUUACGUCAUUUAGCAGACGCUCUUAUCCAGAGCGACUACAAAUUGGUGCAUUCACCCUAUAGCCAGUGGGAUAACCACUUUACAAUUAUACUUUUUUUUUUUUUUUUUUGGGGGGGGGGGGGGGGGGGGGGGGGGGUAGAAGGAUUACUUUAUCCUAUCCCAGGUGUUCCUUAAAGAGGUGGGGUUUCAAAUGUCUCCGGAAGGUGGUGAGUGACUCCGCUGUCCUGGCGUCGUGAGGGAGCUUGUUCCACCAUUGGGGUGCCAGAGCACUCCCAAUAAAGUCUGGUAAUAGACAAUGCCCUACAAUAAUGUAGUGUUUAACCUAAAACCACAUAAUCUCUUACAGUACAUGAUGGAUUUGAGUUGAGUUUGUGUCAGUGAGGUAAAUGUUUGUUAUGGGUGAUAUUUCUCUGCUGAUGUACUCUCUCGCUCUCUCUGGGUGGUUGUGGUUCCUCUGAUUGAAUAGGCAUCUCUGCAUGUUAACUCCCCAUCUCCCCGGGACACUCAGCUCAUUAACCUUAUUACAUACAGGAGCAAAACAUCUCCUCCAUCAAUUCCUCCUCUAUCUCAUUAAAACUACUCGCUUUUUCUCUUCGACAAUUAGUCACUAAAGAGCGAUUACGCUACAACAAAGUGUAGGAGGAAUUCGAUUGUGGUACCCGCAAGGACACAUAUGUGCGCACACACACACACACACACACACACACAGUCAUCUGUAUCUCUCUUAAGGCUGUGUUUUAUUAAGUUACCAUUUUGCUGUUUCCCAUCUCCCGCUGGAGCUGCUCUAUUUACACCAGCAGGAGCAGCUCUUAUUCUGAGGGGACUCAUUUUGUCCAAAAUAUCCUGAUUCCAUUACCCCAGAAAUGAGCCAAAAUAGUCUUAUGUCCUUAGUUUCAUACAUUGGUGUUUCCUUGUGUUACCUGCUCGUGACUGUUGUGGUCUAGUUAACAAUAAUUUACUGUGAUUCUCUGUGAAAGGAAUAUAAUGCUCCUGACUUCAAUUGUUCAGAACCAGUAACAUACAGUGCCUUCAUAAAUGUGUUUUGGUCACUGGCCUACACACAAUUCCCCACAAUGUCAAAGUGGAAUUAUGUUUGUUUUUUAAAUUAAUUAAAUUAUUAUUAUUACGUUUUUAGACAGUUUUACAAAUUCAUUUAAAAUGAAAGCUGAAAUGUCUUGAGUCAAUAAGUAUUCAACCCCUUUAUUAUGGCAAGCAUAAAUAAGUUCAGGAGUAAAAAUGUGCUAACAAGUCACAUAAUAAGUUGCAUGUACUCACUCUGUAUGCAAUAAUAGUGAUCAACAUGGUUUUUGAAUGACUACCUCAUCUCUGUACCCCACUCAUACAAUUAUCUGUAAGGUCCCUCAGUCUAGCAGUGAAUUUCAAACACAGAUUCAACCACAAAGACCAGGAACGUUUUCCAAUACCACUCUCCAUAUUUUCAAGCAUAGUGGUGGCUACAUCGUGUAAUGGGUAUGCUUGUAAUCAUUAAGGACUGGGGAGUUUUUCAUAUAAAGAAAGAAACGGAAUGGAGCUAAGCACAGGCAAAAUCCUAGAGGAAAACCUGGUUCAGUCUGCUUUCCACCAGACACUGGGAGAUGAAUUCACGUUUCAGCAGGAAAAUAACAAGGCCAAAUUGUUGCUUACCAAGAAGACAUUGAAUGUUCCUGAGUGGCCGAGUUACAGUUAUGACUUAAAUCUACUUGAAAAUCUAUGGCAAGACCUGAAAAUGGUUGUCUAGCAAUGAUCAACAACCAAUUUGACAGAGCUUGAAGAAUUUUGAAAAGAAUAAUGGGCAAAUGUUGCUCAAUCCAGGUGUGGAAAGCUCUUAGAGACUUACCCAGAAAGACUCAGAGCUGUAAUCGCUGCCAAAGGUGCUUUUACAAAGUAUUGACUCAGGGGUGUGAACGCUUAUGUAAAUUAGAUGUGUAUGUGUUUCAUUUUCAGUAAAUGUUCGAACAUUUCUAAAAACAUGUUUUCAUUUUGUCAUUCUGAUGUAUUGUGUGUAGAUUUUGAAUUCAGGCUGUAACACAACAAAAUGUGGAAUAAGUAAAGGGGUGUGAAUACUUUCUGAAGGCACUGUAUCUGUGGUGGAACACCAAAAUACUACCUUACAAGUAUUGCACUGUAUUUUCCUUUGGAAGGGAUAUUUUCGUUGCGGUUAUAUGAGUUACCUCAUAUUCCAUAUAUAGGUUGGUAAUCAGUGCUGGUUGUGCUAUCUGGGCUGAGGAUCAGCUCUGGGGUAAAUAGAUCCACGUGUCUGCUGGCUGUUUGACUGACAGCUUGUCACAUCCUCUUUGCCAUCGUACAGAGCGUGCUCAGAUAGGAUCUCUGGGAGUUAGGCUUGCCUGUCUUUGAUCCACUGGGCCCGGGCUCAGCUCAGCCGGGCCAGCCUGACUAUGGGUUGUAGUGUGUUCUUACUCUGGAACAAUGUUUUUUCAUGUGACAAGCGGUACUACUGAUUGUGAGGCCUUUUUUCUCACUGGAAAGAACACAUGGAUUAGUGUGACAAAUAAUCAAUCAUUAUUUCCUCACAUAAAACUAUAGGCAGAGUUGUGAGUGUUUAACAUUUUAUUUGAUUCAAAUAAGAUAAAAGCAGUGUUUCCUAAACUCAGUCCUAGCAUUACACAGCUGAUUAAAAUAAUCAGCUAAUCAUCAAGCUUUGAUCAUUUGAAUCAGCUGUGUAGUGUUAGGGCAAAACCCAAAACAUGCACCCUUUGGGGUCCUGAGGACCGAGUUUGGGAAACGCUGGAUAAAAUGAUAUGACUAAAUCUGAUUCUGAGAAGGGUUGUUGGAGUUCUGUUUGCUUUGCUUCAUCAUUGGCCAAUGAGGAUCUUCUCAGAACACAUCUACAUUAUAAUAACCUCUACCCAAACCUAACAACCAAAGAAUCCCAUCAUAAUUGUAGUUCCUGUGAGGACCUACAGCCUGGAGAAGGACUUCCCUGCAUAGAAAAACGUCAGAGCACAUCAGAGGCAGCAUGGCUGGAGGGAGAAAAGGGCCUUCAGAAGAACCAGAUUUAUGCUCUAGCACAGGUCUGCAGACCAACUUACUGUUGAGAGUUAGAAUAGUAGAAUACACAAGAUGCAAUUUCGUUGUGCAUCAGCAGACUUUCUCUUAUGGUAGUCACUGACAUUCACUCACUCAUGUCAGCUAACAUUUUUUUUAGAUUGGUAAAUUAGUCUAGCCAGCUAGCCAGCUAUCUAAACUUGUUGUAAUCAUGGUCCAAUUACCGACCUGGGGACCUCAUUGAUUUUAUUAGUCACUCUCACUCAGAUAUCAUAUUAAAACUGCAAACAUUUCUCUCGACCCUAUGGCAAAAUGUGUAUAAUUUCAGGAAACUUGCUGUAAAAGUGAAGAAGAAGAAAAAAAAUCCGCCCAUGGCAAAAUGAAUAGAAUUGCCUGAAAUUAGUUAUAAAACUGCAACGUAUUCUCUAUGCCCAGUGCUUCAUUUGUAAAUUGGGAGGUGUCGGAACAAAAAGUUUGUAGCCUAGGGUCCGGAAGAUGUUGGCCUUUUUAUAAACGCAUUUCAUGCAUUUAUACAUAAUUUUAGAUGACAGAUUUUUUUUAAAUACCUCACAAAUGAUCGAAAUGACAGCCUACUUUGACACUGAGAAUCUGAGAUCAAUAAAAACAACCUCGUCUUGAAUACAUCAAUAGCCUAGGCCUAGGUGUGUGCAGGAGACACACAUAUUGUACAAUAUGAGGAGGAAAUUAUCGUCCUAAAAAAGCUUUCCAGUUGAACUGAAUCACCCAAUGAUGCGCAGCUCACUCAUCAGCGAUGGCUGAUGCCCUUAUGUCAAAAGCCUCUCUCUUGUUAUCCUUUGUAAAACAAUACUGUUCGCUCAAUAGGCCUAUUUGGAAGUUGAUAACAUAUUUGGGAGCCUACAGGCAGAUUAGUGUUCUCUUUUCAGCAGGAGCCAUUUGCUUUCCAAUCUAUGUAUUUGAAAUACUGACAGAUUUGCCACACCUUCCCGACUGUAGGCAUGCCUUGUUAUUGGGCUACACACAAUCCACAGCUAGGCAUAACAAAUUAAAUAAAAGCUAUUGAUCCUCUAUGGCUAAAUUAUAGGCCUACCUCUGGUGUAGUAUUCUGAAUUAUUUCAUUUCUUUCUGAACAGACAGCAGUAAUUCUAUAACUUUUUGGCAAAUGUAUUUCAAUUUAUCAGGGGUGCUGCGGCACCUCCAGCACCCUUCCCGCAGCUAUGAUUUUAAAAGGAAAUAAAGAUUGAAGUACAAUGCUGGAGAGAUGAGAGUUGCAGGCUCAUGUCUAUCAGAGCAGAGAGAGGGAGAGCGAUCAUAGAAAGUAAAUGUAAUUCUAGUUCUGUGAGAGAUUAAGGCACGCUUCUCUCUCUCCCCACAGCAAUGGACAUGCGUUGGUCUAUAGGCUACAAUGUUGUGCAAACCAUAAGCCCGGGCCGGCCCAACUCAAAUAAAUUCUUAGAAUAUCAGGCACGUUUUCACAACGUUUUUUUUUUAGGGGGAAGGAGACUUACAGAGGAGGCAACUUGAAUUAACUCUGAUUGCUUUUAUUCCAAUGUUUACAUUGCAAACAGGGAGAGAAAAAAAUCAUGCCAAGAGAGGUACCGGAUCCUGGCAAAUGGGUUCGGGAAUGAAACAGUCCAAAACUGAGAGGUGCCGGAUCCUCAAAUUAAGCACUGUCUACGCCCCAUGGCAAAAUGUGUAGAAUUGCAGGAAAUGAAGUGUAAACCUUUUUUUUUCUUUCUCUGCUGUGAAGAAGGGGCUGUUAAAAUGUUUUGCUCGCAAGGGCCCCAAAAGGCUAGGGCCGGCUCUGACUGCAUGUGGGUAUGGAUGUGGGUACGCAGACCCGUGAGCCACUGCAGCCCCUCAUGAUGAGUUCAGAUCUUUUGCGGCCCCCAUCAGUGUCAGAGUGCAGUGUAGUGCAUCGGUGCAUGGCAGCGCCAGCAGCUCUAGUUUAGGGGCAGGGGUGGCAUAAACAUGUAUAUCUGCUCUCUCUGCGGUGCUGCAUCAGAGCUGGAGACCCGGCCGGCAGGAAACAGAUAACUUUGAUCAGGCUCUGCAUGUGGCCAGCCACAGCGCACAUUUUUUUAUUUUCCCCCUCCAUUUUUUCAUGCCUUUUCAUUCCUCUGAGCUUAGAUCUGCUCUGUUUGAAGAUUACCAUGGUCAUAGUAGUUUUGGGUGGACGUGUGUGUAUGUACAGUGGGGAGAACAAGUAUUUGAUACACUGCCGAUUUUGCAGGUUUUCCUACUUACAAAGCAUGUAGGGGUCUGUAAUUUUUAUCAUAGGUACACUUCAACUGUGAGAGACGGAAUCUAAAACAAAAAUCCAAAAAAUCACAUUGUAUGAUUUUUAAGUAAUUCAUUUGCAUUUUAUUGCAUGACAUAAGUAUUUGAUACAUCAGAAAAGCAGAACUUAAUAUUUGGUACAGAAACCUUUGUUUGCAAUUACAGAGAUCAUACGUUUCCUGUAGGUCUUGACCAGGUUUGCACACACUGCAGCAGGGAUUUUGGCCCACUCCUCCAUACAGACCUUCUCCAGAUCCUUCAGGUUUCGGGGCUGUCGCUGGGCAAUACGGACUUUCAGCUCCCUCCAAAGAUUUUAUAUUGGGUUCAGGUCUGGAGACUGGCUAGGCCACUCCAGGACCUUGAGAUGCUUCUUACGGAGCCACUCCUUAGUUGCCCUGGCUGUGUGUUUUGGGUCGUUGUCAUGCUGGAAGACCCAGCCACGACCCAUCUUCAAUGCUCUUACUGAGGGAAGGAGGUUGUUGGCCAAGAUCUCGCGAUACAUGGCCCCAUCCAUCCUCCCCUCAAUACGGUGCAGUCGUCCUGUCCCCUUUGCAGAAAAGCAUCCCCAAAGAAUGAUGUUUCCACCUCCAUGCUUCACGGUUGGGAUGGUGGUCUUGGGGUUGUACUCAUCCUUCUUCUUCCUCCAAACACGGCGAGUGGAGUUUAGACCAAAAAGCUCUAUUUUUGUCUCAUCAGACCACAUGACCUUCUCCCAUUCCUCCUCUGGAUCAUCCAGAUGGUCAUUGGCAAACUUCAGACGGGCCUGGACAUGCGCUGGCUUGAGCAGGAGGACCUUGCGUGCGCUGCAGGAUUUUAAUCCAUGACGGCGUAGUGUGUUACUAAUGGUUUUCUUUGAGACUGUGGUCCCAGCUCUCUUCAGGUCAUUGACCAGGUCCUGCCAUGUAGUUCUGGGCUGAUCCCUCACCUUCCUCAUGAUCAUUGAUGGCCCACGAGGUGAGUUCUUGCAUGGAGCCCCAGACCGAGGGUGAUUGACCAUCAUCUUGAACUUCUUCCAUUUUCUAAUAAUUGCGCCAACAGUUGUUGCCUUCUCACCAACCUGCUUGCCUAUUGUCCUGUAGCCCAUCCCAGCCUUGUGCAGGUCUACAAUUUUAUCCCUGAUGUCCUUACACAGCUCUCUGGUCUUGGCCAUUGUGGAGAGGUUGGAGUCUGUUUGAUUGAGUGUGUGGACAGGUGUAUUUUAUACAGGUAACAAGUUCAAACAGGUGCAGUUAAUACAGGUAAUGAGUGGAGAACAGGAGGGCUUCUUAAAGAAAAACUAACAGGUCUGUGAGAGCCGGAAUUCUUACUGGUUGGUAGGUGAUCAAAUACUUAUGUCAUGCAAUAAAAUGCAAAUUAAUUACUUAAAAAUCAUAAAAUGUGAUUUUCUGGAUUUUUGUUUUAUAUUCCGUAUCUCACAGUUGAAGUGUACCUAUGAUAAAAAUUACAGACCUCUACAUGCUUUGUAAGUAGGAAAACCUGCAAAAUCGGCAGUGUAUCAAAUACUUGUUCUCCCCACUGUAUGUCUAGUGUUUGAUCAUCGUAUAUUAUUUUGUGUUUCUAAGAGUUUGAUGCAUACUGCCUAGUGUGUAGACAAAUGUGUACUUUGUAGACAAAUGUUUGCUUAUCUUAAGAGCAUCUGCACACUGUAUUUGUAUAUAGCUCUGGAUUGAUUUUGAUGUUUCCUUCUCUCUGAUGUGUGUUGAUCCUUCUGUUGAUGCUUCUCUCUAGGUGAGCGGCCAUACCAGUGUCCUUACUGUGACAAAGCAUUCAGCAAGAAUGAUGGACUGAAGAUGCACAUUCGCACACACACUCGGGUAAGUCUCCUUUCCACACCCACUCCUACCAAACACUCUCUCUUCUCUUUAUUCCAGGCACAGUUUGAGGAGUUGGUGUUUCUCUGCCACAUGGAAAUGGUUUUAUUUCCCUUUACCUCCUUCUCUUUCCAUCCUCACACCCCAUACGUGUGUGUGUGUGUGUGUGUGUGUUCACACAUGUAUGUCUCUAUGUAUUUGAGUGUAAAAACCAGUCAUGAAAGCCAAGGAAUAGUGAUGGGGAAAAAUGUAUAGUUACAUAUCGCAAUAUAAUGUUUGGAUGAUAUUAUAUCAAUAUUUGACUCCUAAAUCAAAAAAAUAUGUUUUGCUACUGUAGCUAGUGUUAGCUAGUGAUAGUCGGCAGUACCUGCGCCAAAACUCUGAUAUUUUUCAUCCUAUAGCUUGUUCUCCAUCUUCUUUUUAAGUAGUGAACAAACAUGUUUUCAGCACUUUUAUUUAAUGACUGAUCAAAACUAGUUUACUUAUGCCUCUCUCUUGUCUCUCUGCAGCAGACACACUGUGUGCACAAUUAUUAGGCAAGUUGUAUGUUUGAGGAUUAAUUGUAUUAUUGAACAACUACGGUGCUCUCGGUCAAUCCAAAAUGUUAAUAAACCUCAAACCUGAAUAUUUAAGAAAGUAAAAGUUUGUUUUGCUUUCUUUGGAGAAUAUCUAUGUAUGCACAAUUAUUGGGCAACUAUUAGUGUGCAGAAUUAUUAUGCAACUAAAUGAAAAACGAAAAUGUCCCCAUCUCAUUUGUUUAUUUUCAUCUGUUAAAGUGAGAAUAAUAAACAAACAACUCAAAAUUUACAAAUAAACAUUUCUGACAUUUCAAAAAAGAAUCAGUGACCAAUAUAGCCACCCUUCUUUUCAAUAACAGUCAUAAGCCUUCCAUCCAUGGAGUCUGUCAGUUUCUUGAUCUGUUGACGAUCAACUUUUUGUGCAGCAGCAACCAUAGCCUCCCAGACACUGGUCAGAGAGGUGUACUGUUUUCCUUCACCAUAAAUCAACUAUUUAAGAAGGGACCACAAGUUCUCAAUAGGGUUUAGGUCAGGUGAGGAAGGGGGCCAUGUCAUUAUUCUUUCAUCUUUCAGGCCUUUACUGGCUAGCCAUGCAGUGGAGUACUUCGAUGCAAGCGAUGGAGCAUUGUCCUGCAUAAAAAUCAUGGUCUUCUUGAAAGAUGCAGACUUUUUCCUGUACCACUGCUUGAAGAAAGUGUCUUCUAAAAACUGGAAGUAGGUUUGGGAGUUGAGUUUGAGUCCAUCUUCAACCCGAAAAUGUCCAACUAGCUCAUCUUUAAUAAUACCAGCCCAUACCAGUACCCCACCUCGAAGUGGAGCUCCGUGCCCAUUACUGAUCCAGCCAUGGGCCCAUCCAUCUGGUCCGUCAAGAGUCACUCUCAUCUCAUCAGUCCAUAAAACCUUUGAAAAAUCUGUCUUCAGAUAUUUCUUGCCCAGUCUUGACGUUUCAACUUAUGUGUCUUGUUCAGUGGUGGUCGGGUUUCAGCCUUCCUUACCUUGGCCAUGUCUCUGAGCACUGAACACCUUGUACUUCUGGGCACUCCAGGUAGGUUGCAGUUCUGGAAUAUGACAGCACUAGAGGAUAAUGGGUUCCUGGUAGCUUCACGUUUGAUUCUUCUCAAAUCUUUGGCAGUUAAUUUGCGUCUUUUUUUCUCAACACGGUUCUUGCGACCCUGUUGACUAUUUGCAACAAAACCUUUGAUGGUUCUGUGAUCACGCCCCAAUAUCUUAGCAAUUUCAAGAGUGCUGCAUCCCUCUGAAAUACUUUUUACAAUUUUUGACUUUUCAGAGUCAGGUAAAUCCCUUUUUUGGCCCAUUUUGCCUGAGGAAAAUAAGCUACCUAAUUAUUAUGUGGUCCUCUGUAGCUCAGCUGGUAGAGCACGGCGCUUGUAACGCCAAGGUAGUGGGUUCGAUCCCCGGGACCACCCAUACACAAAAAAUGUAUGCACGCAUGACUGUAAGUCGCUUUGGAUAAAAGCGUCUGCUAAAUGGCAUAUUAUUAUUAUUAUAAUUAUAAUUAUACACACUUUGAUAUAGGGUGUUGAUCUCCUUAGGCCACACCCUCCCUCAUUACACAAAUACACAUCACCUGAUAUGCUUAAAUCCAAUAAGCAUUCCAGUUUAUACAGCUUGGAGUUGGGAAAUAUGCAUAAUAAUGAUGAUGUGGUCAAAAUACUGACUUGCCUAAUAAUUGUUCACACAGUGUAGUGAGCAAUAUGUUUGGAACAUCAAAUCGCAGUAUAGAAUCUAGGGCUGACCCCAUUUAGUCGACUGGUCGAUUGGUUGGUCCAUAGGCUGUUGGUCGACCAAUAUUUUUUUAAGUCGAGCAGAGACAAAUAGAUAAAAAAUUUUUGCGCCUGUCUCAGUGAACUAAUCCAUUGAGGAGGCCGCGGGGAUGCCACAGUCCAAGAAAUAGGGGAGUGUGGCUCAGCUGCACAGUGCACCUCUCUCUCCAGAAUGCGCUCUCUCCCGCCAUUUUGUGCAUAUCCAUUGUUUCAUAACUUCAUUGUUUGCUGUGUCUAUCAGUUCCCCAUUACAUAUAUCACUUGUAGUAGCCUACGUUUACCUUUAAUUCCCAUAAUUUCGAAUCUGCAAUGUUUGUUUGGUUAUGGUAAUUUAUGUUUUAAAUAUAUUAUUAUUACAGUCGUUUACCGUUCUCAUUGUCGGAGUGGACAUGUUGUUUGCAGAACUCACAGCCCAUGCUACACUUGUGAGAAACAUGUUUUUGUGUAUUUCAUUCCAUUUGCAAGUUUUGUCAAUUUAUUCAUUAUUUUGUUUGAAACGCUCCUGCAAUGUUGACUAACGACGCACACCUGAUUACGCAUAUAGAAGUACGACUAGUAGCCUGGCCUUUGCACAAAUGUAGGCCUAUAAAGGUGUCCAUUUGGUGUUGUCUAAUUAGUAUUUCUGAUUGUCUUAACUCACCACCAAUAAUGAACUGUGGAGCUUCUCAAAGUAAUUUUUUCUUCACCUCAAACAUCAAGUAAACAAAGUCUGUUUUUAGAAUCAGUUGAGAAUGACAAUAGUUCCUCAAAGUAUUUUAAAAAUAACCACUUGGCAUGAAAAGGAAAAAUGUAAUGCUCUGAUUCAGUGGAAACGUCAUAAAAUACCUGUUUACUUCUUAUCCCUUGCACAAAUAGCCAACAGCUAUGUCUGUCUCGAGCUCACUGGCGCGGGAAGGCCCAGAAUAUUUUAUACAAUGUUGCAAGUUUGCUAGCGCGAGUUUUGGGCCGACCCAGUUGAUAGUUGAUACAAUGUUUCAAGUUCAUUGCAGACAUGCCAUUGUGAUUUAUAGGAUAUUUAUUUUUAUCAGGCCUUUUUUUUAAACCUGAGGCUGCAAUGUUUUUAUUUGUUGGCUAUUUUUACAUAGUUGGCAAUGGCAAUAAAAGUUCGUUUUAGAUUUGUAUAAUUUUCAUUCAGAUUUAGAUAAAAUGUAGAUUAACCACACGGAUAGCUCAAUUGGUAGAGCAUGGCGCUUGUAACGCCAGGGUAGUGGGUUCGAAAAAUAAACGUUAAACAUUUUUGACUCUCGUUUGACAAAGAUUUUUUGUUGUUGUAGUCAGGGACAUUCUGGAUCUGUUUUCGUUGAGAGCUGUUUUUGUUGCCAGAUGUUUUUAACCUCCAAACGGGCUAGGAAAUAACUUCUUACUACAACAUGACUUAUGGUGUAUUCGAUAAGUUACAUGAAAUAUCCUUAAGCAUACUUUUCUGUUUUUAUGUAGGAAAAUCUGCACAUACAGUGGGGAAAAAAAGUAUUUAGUCAGCCACCAAUUGUGCAAGUUCUCCCACUUAAAAAGAUGAGAGAGGCCUGUAAUUUUUAUCAUAGGUACACGUCAACUAUGACAGACAAAAUGAGGAAAAAAAAUCCAGAAAAUCACAUUGUAGGAUUUUUAAUGAAUUUAUUUGCAAAUUAUGGUGGAAAAUAAGUAUUUGGUCAAUAACAAAAGUUUCUCAAUACUUUGUUGUAUACCCUUUGUUGGCAAUGACACAGGUCAAACGUUUUCUGUAAGUCUUCACAAGGUUUUCACACACUGUUGCUGGUAUUUUGGCCCAUUCCUCCAUGCAGAUCUCCUCUAGAGCAGUGAUGUUUUGGGGCUGUCGCUGGGCAACACAGACUUUCAACUCCCUCCAAAGAUUUUCUAUGGGGUUGAGAUCUGGAGACUGGCUAGGCCACUCCAGGACCUUAAAAUGCUUCUUACGAAGCCACUCCUUCGUUGCCCGGGCGGUGUGUUUGGGAUCAUUGUCAUGCUGAAAGACCCAGCCACGUUUCAUCUUCAAUGUCCUUGCUGAUGGAAGGAGGUUUUCACUCAAAAUCUCAUGAUACAUGGCCCCAUUCAUUCUUUCCUUUACACGGAUCAGUCGUCCUGGUCCCUUUGCAGAAAAACAGCCCCAAAGCAUGAUGUUUCCACCCCCAUGCUUCACAGUAGGUAUGGUGUUCUUUGGAUGCAACUCAGCAUUCUUUGUCCUCCAAACACGACGAGUUGAGUUUUUACCAAAAAGUUAUAUUUUGGUUUCAUCUGACCAUAUGACAUUCUCCCAAUCCUCUUCUGGAUCAUCCAAAUGCACUCUAGCAAACUUCAGACGGGCCUGGACAUGUACUGGCUUAAGCAGGGGGACACGUCUGGCACUGCAGGAUUUGAGUCCCUGGCGGCGUAGUGUGUUACUGAUGGUAGGCUUUGUUAAUUUGGUCCCAGCUCUCUGCAGGUCAUUCACUAGGUCCCCCCGUGUGGUUCUGGGUUUUUUGCUCACCGUUCUUGUGAUCAUUUUGACCCCACGGGGUGAGAUCUUGCGUGGAGCCCCAGAUCGAGGGAGAUUAUCAGUGGUCUUGUAUGUCUUCCAUUUCCUAAUAAUUGCUCCCACAGUUGAUUUCUUCAAACCAAGCUGCUUACCUAUUGCAGAUUCAGUCUUCCCAGCCUGGUGCAGGUCUACAAUUUUGUUUCUGGUGUCCUUUGACAGCUCUUUGGUCUUGGCCAUAGUGGAGUUUGGAGUGUGACUGUUUGAGGUUGUGGACAGGUGUCUUUUAUACUGAUAACAAGUUCAAACAGGUGCCAUUAAUACAGGUAACGAGUGGAGGACAGAGGAGCCUCUUAAAGAAGAAGUUACAGGUCUGUGAGAGCCAGAAAUCUUGCUUGUUUGUAGGUGACCAAAUACUUAUUUUCCACCAUAAUUUGCAAAUAAAUUCAUUAAAAAUCCUACAAUGUGAUUUUCUGGAAAAUCUUUUCUCAAUUUGUCUGUCAUAGUUGACGUGUACCUAUGAUGAAAAUUACAGGCCUCUCUCAUCUUUUUAAGUGGGAGAACUUGCACAAUUGGUGGCUGACUAAAUACUUUUUUCCCCCACUGUACUACUGUGUUUUUAUGUUUGCGAUUGUGUGUGUCUAAGAUACACCUCAUGGACACCUGCUCGUCGAACAUCUCAUUCCAAAAUCAUGGGCAUUAAUAUGGAGUUGGUCCCCCCUUUGCUGCUAUAUCAGCCUCCACUCUUCUGGGAAGGCUUUCUGCUAGAUGUUGGAACAUUGCUGCGGGGACUUGCUUCCAUUCAGCCACAAGAGCAUUAGUGAAGUCGGGCACAGACCCCAAAGUUGGAAGCACAGAAUCGUCUAGAAUGGCAUUGUAUGCUGUAGCGUUAAGAUUUCCCUUCACUGGAACUAAAGGGCCUAGCCUGAACCAUUGUGUGGCCUACCACUUCACGGCUGAGCCGUUGUUGCUCCUAGACGGUUCCACUUCACAAUAACAGCACUUAGAGUUGACCGGGGCAGCUUUAGCAGGGCAGACAUUUGACGAACUGACUUGUUGGAAAGAUGGCAUCCUAUGACAGUGCCACGUUGAAAGUCACUGAGCUCUUCAGAAAGGCCAUUCUACUGCCAAUGUUUGUCUAUGGAGAUUGCAUGGCUGUGUGCUCAAUUUUAUACACCUGUCAUUAAUGGAUAUGGCUGAAAUGGCAAAUCCACUAAUUUUAAGGGGGUAUUUUAUAUAUAGUGUACCAGUCCCAGGUGUCCAUAAAUGCUAAUCUGCCCAUCUCCAGCGCUAUGCUUUAGUGGAUCUGCUCCAUGCUCAGCCAAGCUGUAGAACGUAACACACCCAGGAAUAGAGGUUCACACACCUCUGCCAGGCAGCCAGGAGUAGAGAGGAGUCCUGUCUUGCCAGUCAGUGUCUAGAUCUGCAAACAUGAAAGCUGAAGGACAUUCUUUCCCAGGAGGCGAUUCCAGAACACUCACGUAAACUUCUCCCACAGUUAUUUUUUUUCAAGACCAGGGAGGAUAAUGAAGACUACUUAGAGCUGGAUAUGGUGGACUAGAAUACAUCCACAUGUAAUAGCAAUCUCAUAGCAGACACUGAGUACAGUCUGAUUUUUAAAGACCGUGAUUGGGUUCCUGACUGUACAUUGUGAGGACAUGACAGGUAUCGUUAGUGUUGAUAUGAUGAGCAUGUAAAUGUAAACUGACUCAGAGCUUGGAUCAACCUGCUCAGGGUGGGGAGAGGAAGGGCAUGGUCACCCUGGUCUCUCAUGAGGUCAUUUCCUGCCCGUGCCUCUGCACUACUUCUCCACCCACUGAAGUCCUCUACCUAAUCACCGCUUUCCAUGAGGUAUGUGUGUUGGAGUGUGGUUGUGUUUAGCCAUGGGAGUGUAUAUUUAUGUACAGUAUUUAUUUAUAACUUUUUACAUGAUCAUUAAUUGAUAUGGGUAUGGCCUGAAGGUUUUGUUGACACGUUUCGAGUACAUUUCCUGUUUGCUCAAGCACACAUCAUUAUGUUGCACUCAAUGAACCUGGACUGCAGGUACAGUAUAAAGCUUCUGGCCUAAAACAGUACAGUGGAAACAGGCAGCUGGCGGUACUGGGACACUCCUAUCAGCUCUUAUUCUCUAGCGAGGACUUGAUGAAACAUUCAUGUUUGAAUUGAGACAUGGCUUUGUGUGUCCCUGGCUCUGUCUUUGCUCAGAGCACCGUGACUGCAGUAGUGAAAUAUGGGCUGAGCUGUGACACACAGCAGAGAGCUGGACGAUGAAGUCACCCCACAGCAGAACAAAUGCGAUUUGGCUGAAGGAGCUCCAGCUCUUUGUUAAUGUAUAGUUUAGAGAUGGAUCUGUUUAGAGUUGUGUGUUUAUCCCACAUACCAAACCAUCGGCAACUACAAUAGAACACAUGUGAUUCGUAUAAAGUGGCUGACAUGUUGCCUGGUCAGAGAUUUUUAUUAAUCUCUUUAAGUUUCUGUGAUGGUGACAAGAGUGAUCUGACUGUAAAUACACUGAUUAAAAUUCCACUGGUUCCCUCUGUGGGGGUGCCUGUUUGAUUUUGUUUUACUUUGGCCCAGAGUUCUGAAGUUCCGUCAGAAUCUUCCAAGCUCCUCUGUUUUCAGUUUGAAAACCUCUUAAAGGGUUUUACUGUAACACUUUUUCAUUGGUCAGUUAUAGCUGGUUCCUAUUGGUCCAAUAUAGCAGUCUCUGAUUGGUUCAUCACAGCAUUAAGUGAUCGGAGCAGUUUAGAUGGGUAUUAGCAAUACGGCAGUUGCUCCCCCUUGCCCUCUAGUAGGCUAGGUGGAAUGAUCACCAUACUGCUAAUUACCUCUCCAAUUCUUUCAAAGCUAUAAGAAGUGCCUAGGGGUAUAUGGGCAAGGCUCUGAUUUUGUAUUGGAUAACAGAGGAUGGGGACAUCCAAUGUGGCCAUACUGGUUUAGAGAUGACCAUUGACAUAAAACGUGAUCCUCCUGGCUCUUAGAGUACAUAAACAGAGCUUUAUCCCUCCAUUCAUAACCCUGCUGGCUCUUGACUGGACAGAUUCAGAGGUGAGCCAGUCAGAGGGUCAGGUUGAAUGUCACUAGGGUGAACAGCUGCUGAAGAGCGGAGGUCACCAGGUACAGAUGUUAGAUUUACAUAUACAUUUACGUCAUUUAGCAGACGCUCUUAUCCAGAGCGACUUACAGUUAGGGCAUACAUUAUUCUUUUUCAUUUUCAUACCCCAUGGGAAUCAAACCCUCAACCCUGGCGUUGCAAACGCCAUGCUCUACCAACUGAGCUACCUCCCUGCCGGCCAUUCCCUCCCCUACCCUGGACGACGCUGGGCCAAUUGUGCGCCGCCCCAUUGGUCUCCCGGUUGCGGCCGGCUACAGCAGAGCCUGGAUUCGAACCAGGAUCUCUAGUGGCACAGCUAGCACUGCGAUGCAGUGCCUUAGACCACUGCGCCACUCGGGAGUUUAUGUCACUGGGGUCACAGUGAUGCAUUCUGGGUCCUCCACAUCAACCCUCUGAACUUGAACCCUUUUUGGUUUUCUGUAUGUCAUUCAGGAGGAAGUUUUCCCCUGAGUAGGAAAGUGAUGCUUUAUUAGAAAAGUGAUACCAAUUAAACUAGCAGGUUUAUAAUACACAAACCGUCACUUAUGUUCUGGUUUGGUCUCCACACCCAAGUUUCUCACACACCCCCACACACUCUGUUAGGCAUCUCUCGUUUUCAUUCUUUCUCUCACAAACACACUCACGCAGACACACACACACUCAUACACACACACAGACAUAUGCAUUGAACCUUUACCUCCUGUUGUAUCCUGUGUCGAUGGCCACUCCUUGUCCCGCCCAUAUGAUAGCUCUUUUCCCAGGACCCUUACUUCCUGCAUUCACCCAGUUCCCAUGACAACUGAACCCUAAAUGGGUAGAGACUUUGCUAUCAGUGAGUCUUGUCAAAAAGAGCCACCCAAAGACUGACACUCAAAAAGGAUCGGAGUCCCACUAUCGCAGUGCUUAUUAUUUCUUCUAACUCUAACUAAGCUUUCAAGUGUCAACCCUAUUUCCCUGAAGUCAGACACACCUAGACCAAGACUGUCCACCCAGAAAAACACACGCACGCACACACGCACACACACAUAUACACAAUAACACACCCACAGAGCGAUAGGAGCUUUUGAGUGACACCCAGACAGGCCUCUGAAAGGCACAGAGGAAAUGUUCUUUGGUAAACUGAUGAGGUGUGGAGAAGAGGUGAUAUUCUACAGCCCCAGUGAGCCGGUGCACUGGUACAUGUUCAAAGGGCUUUUCUGUGCCGUGUUUUCUUAUGCUUUAGAGGGAUCCAUGUGUUCCUUAUGGCCCCAUACGCUGGCCAUUUCCUCCCUAUUUCAGGGGCUGUACAAUCUCUCAUUUCAUAUCUCCAUAAACUCUCUGGGGGGGGGGAAGUGAGAGGAUAUGAGGGUGUGUGUGUGAUUGUGGGUGUCCAUUGUGUGAGAGUCAAUGUCUCUCUUUGAGUACCGUAUUUGUGUAUAGUAUACAGGUUGGCUGUGUGUUGAGAGGUGAUCUAUGUGUGUGUUUGUUUGUUUGUGUGUCCCUGCAGGAGAAGCCAUAUAAAUGCAGUGAGUGUAACAAGGCCUUCAGUCAGAAGAGAGGUCUGGACGAACACAUGAGGACCCACACCGGAGAGAAACCCUUCCAGUGUGAUGUGAGUCUCAAACCACCGAAAGUAAAAGACGCCCAAAAAGUUACAUACAGUUGAAGUCGGAAGUUUACAUACACUUAGGUUGGAGUCAUUAAAACUCGUUUUUCAACCACUCCACAAAUUUCUUGUUAACAAACCAUAUUUUUGGCAAAUUGGUUAGGACAUCUACUUUGUGCAUGACACAAGUAGUUUUUCCAACAAUUGUUUACAGACAGAUUAUUUCACUUAUAAUUCACUGUAUCACAAUUCCAGUGGUUCAGAAGUUUACAAACACUAAGUUGACUGUACCUUUAAGCAGCUUGGAAAAUUCUAGAAAAUGAUGUCAUGGCUUUAGAAGCUUCUGAUAGGCUAAUUGACAUCAUUUGAGUCAAUUGGAGGUGUACCUGUGGAUGUAUUUCAAGGCCUACCUUCAAACUCAGUGCCUCUUUGCUUGACAUCAUGGGAAAAUCAAAAGAAAUCAGCUAAGACAUCAGAAAAAUAAUUGUAGACCUCCACAAGUCCCAAGGUUCAUCCUUGGGAGCAAUUUCCAAAUGCCUGAAAGUACCACGUUCAUCUGUACAAACAAUAGUACGCAAGUAUAAACACCGUGGGACCACGCAGCCGUCAUACCGCUCAGGAAGGAGACGCGUUCUGUCUCCUAGAGAUGAACGUACUUUGGUGCGAAAAGUGCAAAUCAAUCCCAGAACAGCAGCAAAGGACCUGGAUGGAAAGGACCAAAGGAUGCUGGAGGAAACAGGUACAAAAGUAUCUAUAUCCACAGUAAAACGAGUCCUAUAUCGACAUAACCUGAAAGGCCGCUCAGCAAGGAAGAAGCCACUGCUCAAAAACCGCCAUAAAAAAGCCAAACUAUGGUUUGCAACUGCACAUGGCGACAAAGAUCGUACUUUUUGGAGAAAUAUCCUCUGGUCUGAUGAAACAAAAAUAGAACUGUUUGGCCAUAAUGACCAUCGUUAUGUUUGGAAGAAAAAGAGGGUUGCUUGCAAGCUGAAGAACACCAUCCCAACCGUGAAGCACGGGGGUGGCAGCAUCAUGCUGUGGGGGUGCUUUGCUGUAGGAGGGACUGGUGCACUUCACAAAAUAGAUGGCAUCAUGAGGAAGGAAAAUGAUGUGGAUAUAUUGAAGCAACAUCUCAAGACAUCAGUCUGGAAGUUAAAGCUUGGUCGCAAAUGGGUCUUCCAAAUGGACAAUGACCCCAAGCAUACUUCCAAAGUUAUGUCAAAAUGGCUUAAGGACAACAAAGUCAAGGUAUUGGAGUGGCCAUCACAAAGCCCUGACCUCAAUCCUAUAGAAAAUUUGUGGGCAGAACUGAAAAAGUGUGUGCGAGCAAGGAGGCCUACAAACCUGACUCAGUUACACCAGCUCUGUCAGGAGGAAUGGGCCAGAAUUCACCCAACUUAUUGUGGGAAGGUUGUGGAAGGCUACCCGAAACGUUUGACUCAAGUUAAAGGCAAUGCUACCAAAUACUAAUUGAGUGUAUGUAAUCUUCUGACCCACUGGGAAUGAGCUGAAAUAAAUCGUUCUCUCUACUAUUAUUCUGACAUUUCACAUUCGUAAAAUAAAGUGGUGAUCCUAACUGACCUAAGACAGGGAAUUUGUACUAUGAUUAAAUGUCAGGAAUUGUGAAAAACUGAGUUUAAAUGUAUUUGGCUAAGGUGUAUGUACAUUUCCGACUUCAACUGUAUUGCCACUUUAACCCUAACCAUAAAUCCAAAUGAUGUGGGUAUAUGUAUGUGUACAUAUGUGUAUGUCCGUGCUUGUGUGUCCAUGCUUAUGUAUGUGUGUCUGUGCGCUCCUCAGCCAGACAGUGACACAGGGCCAGAUGUGGGCUAAAACUCAAUAUGAGGAAGAUAAAGAUCUCUCUCCUCUGGAGAGGUCUAGUCGACUGAUCUCACGUAAACACAUUGAGAGGAUCAGAGGGAGAAAUGACCUUCUGUUUAUAAUACCGCAGGAGUAAUAAUGAUUCUCAGAGAGAGAAACACGCGACCAAGGAUCCUGCUGAUGCUUUGGAAGAAUCUUUUAAGACAUGUUAAAGUCUCUGGAUCCCCCUCACCUUCCUCUUACCAUGUCUGGAAAUUUAAAACAUCUUUCCUUUCACUGUUUUUAUUCUGUUUUAUGGGAGAACCACAAGUGUGUCUUUUUAAGUUAUCUGAGUUUUAAAUCCGAAAGCCAAUCAAAUUGGCUGUUUCCUUAACUCUCAGAACCGUCUGACAUGAUGGGUCUUUUAUGCCCAGAGUGGCUGGGUUAGCACUAGGGGGUUUCAUUUCAAGGAUGUGUUUGAAUUCAAUUUAUGAAAUGUAUUGUUGAUUCAGUAUUAAAAGUUUUGAGUGCUAUUGUCAUUCUUUUGUAUCUCCAGCCAUCUAUUUGGGAUGACGUGCAUCCCAAAUGUGAUUAAAGCUGGUUGGUGAUGUGAUCACAGAAACACACACUCUGUCACAGAAAGGUUUACUGCUGGUGAACUUUAGGGGACUUCUCCACUGUUUGCAUUUUGACUGGAGGAUAUUCAAGUGCGAAGAAGACAUGCUGGGAAGCCUGAGUCUGGGUGUCGAAAUGCUGCACUCAUUUCAAUGAUUGAUUAAGAUGAUUGGUAGUGUGAAAUGGAGUCAUUUGUAGGGUGUAAAACUAAUAAUUUGUGAUGGAUGUUAUUUUUAAUUUAUUCCCUCUCUAUGUCGGGAAAAUGUGAUUUCUAACUAAGCCUUCUCUCAUGUAAUUUACAGUACAAACUAAAUGUGGUUCAGUCAGCUGGCUGUACCCAUAAUAGGGAUUGUAUAGGUUAAUAUUGCUCUGCAGCAUACUCCUUUAGUUUAGGACUGAAAUAAUUCAGUAAGAUCCAUCAGAGACCUACUAUAACAGAGAUUUGUAUAUACUGUAAUUAAGGUCUAAUCCAUUCUAAUCUUUAACAGAGAUAACUAACACACUUCUCUUUCCUCUGCUCUCUGUAGGUGUGUGAUCUGUCGUUCAGUCUGAAAAAGAUGCUGAGCAGACACAAGCUGACCCACAACCCCAACAGGCCCAUGGCAGAAUGCUCGCUGUGCCACAAGAAGUUCACCAGGAACGACUACCUCAAAGUGCACAUGGAGAAUGUUCACGGGGAGACAGAGGGCUAGGACCCAUCUACUGUAUAUGAUACUACUGAAGAUAAACUACAGUGAGCUCCAAAAGUAUUGGGACAGUGACACAUGUGUGGUUGUUUUGGCUUUGUACUCCAGCAUUUUGGAUUUGAAAUGAUACAAUUAAACAAGGUUAAAGUGCAAACUGUCAGCUUUUAAUUUAAAGUGCAAACUACUUUUUUAAUUUGAGGAUAUUUUCAUCCAUAUCGGGUGAACCGUUUAAAAAUUGCAGCACUUUUUGUAUAGUCCCCCCAUUUUAGGGGACCAAAAGUAUUGGGACAAAUUCACUUACAGUAUGUUUAUUAAAGUAGUAAAGAGUUAAGUAUGUUGUCCCAUAUUCAUAGUACACAAUGACUACAUGAAGUUUGUGACUCUACAAAUUUGUCAGAUGCAUUUGCUGUUUGUUCUGGUUGUGUUUCAGAUUAUUUUGUGCGCAAUAGAAAUGAAUGGCAAAUAAUGUAUUGUGUCAUUUUGGAGUCACUUCUAUUGUAAAUAAGAAUAUAAUAUGUUUCUAAACACUUGUACAUUAAUGUGGAUGCUACCAUGAUUAUGGAGAGUCCUGAAUGAAAAGGUUACAUGCACAAAUAUCAUACACCCCUACCCAAAAAUGCUAACCUCCCGUGUUAUUGUGAGAGGUUAGCAUGUCUUGGGGGUAUGAUAUAUGUGCGUCUGUAACUUUCUCACUCAUCAUGAUUCAUUCAGGGUUAUCCAUAAUUCAUCGUAGCAUCCAUAUCAAUGUAGAAGGGUUUAGAAACAUUCUAUUCUUAUUUACAAUAAAAGUGACUCCAAAAUGACACUAUUUGCCAUUCAUUUCUAUUGGGCACAAAAUAAUCUGAAACACAACCAAAACAAACAGCAAAUGCAUCCAAGAAGUUUGUAGAGUCACAAGCCUGAUGUAGUAAUUGUGUGGUAUGAAUAUGGGACCAAAUACUUAACUUUUGACUACUUUAGGACACGUAAGUGAAUUUGUCCCAAUACUUUUGGUCCCCUAAAAUGGGGGGACUAUGUACUAAAUGUGCUGUAAUUUCUAAACGGUUAACCCGAUAUGGAUGACAAUACCCUCACAUUAAAGCUGACAGUCUGCACAUUAAUCUCAUAGUCACUGUAUUGUUUCAAAUCCAAAGUGCUGGAGUACAGAGCCAAAACAACAAAACAUAUCACUGUCCCAAUACUUUUGGAGUUCACUGUAUAUUUGCAGUGUUAAACAUACAGGGUGGCCUGCUAUGCAUUUCAGAUGUAGCAAUAAGCAGUCUUUUUUUUUCUAUAAAAUAUAUACAAAUGCAGAAUAUGGAAAAGAUUAGAUUUCAAUAUCGGAACAUAUCCUGCAUAUAUUAAUUAUUUAGUAUGAACAUUAGAUAUUCAAUUCACAGGGGGUUUGGAUGAGGCGCAUGACCCACGCUGUUCUGAUCUGCUUCCAAACCGCCCUUCUCUUCCUGUUUAUACUUUACAUUCAAUUGAGUAUCAAUAGGAAAGUUUGGGAGUGGCAUGUCCAGACAAUUCAGCACAAUAAAAUAACUAGCCUCGCUCAAAAAUUAUCUUUCCUACUUAUCGGCUUCUAGGUUCCCACCUCAUGCCAACCAUACAUUGCCUUACUCUGUUAGAGCUAUAUGCUUGUGACCAGGUAACAAACUUUCCAGAGAGUUUAAAAGCCAAAGAUGUUUACCAAACACAGCCAGCCUACUCCCUUCCCACGCAUUAUCAGGAAAUGCAAUGAAUUUGUUAUUACUGUUGUCAAAGUUACUGUUACUGUUUGUCAAAAGAAGAGCAAAAAUUGUUCAUAUACUGUAUUUCAUGUCAGCUAAGACUGUUUUAUAUGGUUAUUUCAUAUACUGUAUUUCAUGUCAGCUAAGACUGUUUUAUAUGGUUAUUUCAUAUACUGAGGGACCAAGCUUUGUGUUUAUACUCCUGUUUUUUUAAUCCUGUAUGUUAAAUGGAUAAUGUAUUUAAUGGAUGGUGCAAUUAUGUAUGUUUCUCUGUUCUUUUUAUAUGGCCAGACCAUAUCCUUCCUGUGUUCCACAGACUGUUACACAUUCCCUCUCUUUUACUGUUCAUCUCAAACUGUGAAUAUUUCACAUCACACGUAUCUGUUUUGAAAUGUACUUCAUAAAAACCGAAUUACUUACCAAACAGCCAUUUACUCUGUUAAUUCUAAGUACGUGUCGAUUAACUGUUGACGUUGGGGUAUUUCGGAAACACUUUGAGAGUUGAUUAAAUUUGUUCACUUUGUUGUUGUUAAUUUAACCGUUAUUCUUGGGUUGGCUGGCAGUCUGCUGCGAGCCUAAAGUAAUUAAAGUGUUUUCUUCCCCAGAGGCCACAGUCACCACUCUGAUCACCACUGCCUGAUCCCUACAGUUCCCACUUUGCCUGAUCUAAAGCAACCAACUAAAGAGGCUCUCUGAUGGUUUCUCUACUCUCUUCUCUGCUCUCUCUAUAAAGGGACUCACUCUGACUCAUUUCUCACACUCAUCCACUGCUGAAGCUCCUGAUAGGCUCAAAGGCGUCUAUUUGAAGGGUUUACUGAAUCUGUGAGAAUCUCCUGAAUGGCAGCUGGAUGCUGGAUCAGACUCCCAGAGCUGCGAGUCUCUAAGCUUGUCAUCAAAUAGGCUGUUAAGAGUGGGUAUAAAUCCUGUCAUGUUUGAGUCAGUGUCCGCAAGCACACACUCCGGUUUAUAAAACCAAUGCAGAUGGCAUGUCUAUUUUCUGUGUUUGGGUGCUUGUUUAUGUGGAUUUUGUGCAAAAUCCAUCAAUUAAUCAGAUGUAUUGAACUGGUAACACCUAUCCCCCCAGAGACUGAUUAGGCAUAUGCUACUCUUGCAUGCUAAACUUAUGGGAGACGGUGGAUAUGGGAAGCGACAUAUGCAUGCGCCUCUGCAGGCGCGGCGUCUCCAUUCACAGUCCCAGUGUCCCUGAGGACUGGGGCGGCUGACUGUUCUGCAGGAUUCUCAGAUCAGAUGUGGCCAUGUUAACCUCCACUCCCUCUGGAGCUGGGUUCACCACAUGGCUGUCCAGGCAGGGCGUGGCUCAGCCAGCACACAGGGCCCUGAAACCACGCUGCCCAUUGGGCCGGCUGUGCUCGCUGUCUGUGCCCGCUGUCUGCUCUUAGUGGUCAGGCCUCAGGGCUGCGCUGAUGCUCUUAAACACAGUGGAAUUUUUUUUAAAUGUUGUAAAUAAAGUAUGGGUGCUUUUCUCAACCGUGGAAUAACCCUUUCCACACCUCAACGCAAAGUUUAGAGGGUUGACGGCUCUAAAAGAUGUUGGCUUUUCCCUUACCAGUGUGUGUUUUCUUGGGACAGCCCCCCAUCUCCAUAUACAGAGCUGUAGUAUCAUGCACACUGGGGCUCCCACCAAGUCAAUGUGUUUCUAAUUACAUGUUUUUACUGGAAGCCCCAGUUUCCUGCUCUGCCUCCCCAUCUGUGAGUGUGGCCAGACUGGGCCAAGACCAGCGUCCACCCACAGCUCCCCACGCCAGCCACGCCCACCGCCAUGGAGUGUCAUUACCACGCCAGCCGGGGUUUACAGCAAAACCACCGUCACGUCGGGAAUGACACGGACAAGGUUGUCUCGCCACGCUGUUUGGUCGCCGUUGCUGUGGUAACGGAUAGUCUAGAACACUUCUGUGACCAGGGGAAUGCGGAGUUGUUGGGUGCCCCGUGUGCAGGGUGCCAUCCAUGUGCAUUUUAUAUGUAUAGGGAGGGUGUGUGGGUCUAGUGUGGGUCUAUUCUGGGCCUCUGUACCAACAUUCCUGGACAUUCCUUUAAAGCUGAGGGCCUGCGUCCAUGGAAACUGAGGUGCCCAAAAAACCCUGGUGCCCAAAACCACUUAGAGGUCAAGAACUUGACAGUGAGUAAGACAACACUAGCAGGAAAAAGAGUCAUAGAAAAGUGUAGUCAAGAUAAUUGAGAGUUGUACGUGGAGAAAGAUGAAAUAUCUCUAGUUUGACCUCAGAGCCUCUGCUGGUCAAAGAAAGCACUACAGUGGAAUACUCAGCACAAUUGUAUCUGUCCUUGUUCUGUGUGUGUGUGUGUGUUUAAAUUAGGAGAUGGUCUAACCUAAUAUCCAGUGUCCCAGACUGCAUGGAAAAGGAGGGUUCUAUCAGGUCAGGCACUCCCCCCCCCGAAUAUCCCCCAAUUACCCCCCUCAUACACCAACAUAAACGCUUCCUGAAGAUUCAAAACAUGAGAAAUGCAUUUUAGAAAAUGAUAUCUUCCUCUAACAUUAUUCAGCCCAGUAUCACAAGCAAGUUGCAUGUAUCAAUCAAUCAAAUGUAUUUUAUAAAGCCCUUUUACAUCAGCAGUUUCUAGGAAGAAACCUAGAAAGGAACCAGGCUCCUUUUCUGCUAGGUGGAGAUUUAAGAGUACAUUUGGCCAUUAAGGCCAGAUCGUUUUGAACAUUCAUAGAUGACCAGCAGGUUCAGAUAAUAACCAUGGUGGCUAUUGAGGGUGCAACAGUUCAACACCUUGAUUGUCAGUUGGCUUUUCAUAGUCAGGAAAAAAGUGUUUGAGUGAUGAUUAUAAGGCAUCAAAAGGUAUCUUUCUGCAAAUAUAAACCUGUGAGAAAGGAACAGUGGUGUUCUCACAUUCUUUGAGAAGAUGCAGAUUUGGAGGUCAGACAUUGUGUCCUUGUUGUUUACCCUGUAUCUGCCAGGAUGUGGCACUUGAUUCGAAGUUGCCUCAGACUCCAGGCUGAGGCUGAAGCUCGUGAGAAACGCCCCAUGAAUGUAGCAAUGUACAGAGAACAAAGCUGGACAGGCAUUGUCCCAAAACAGAAUGUUCAGUUCAAGAAUGUCAGCUUCUUUUCCUGUUCUGUCAAAUACUCUGCUCCUUCUGAGCAGUAACUAUAUUUCAGGCCUGGGUUAUAUCCAGGCUCUAACCAAUAUCUGAUGAAUGUGUUGAGGUUUCUCUUGAUCCAACAAACACUCUUCCCCUCUUUUUCUCACAGCGGAGAGAGGGGGAUGAUGAAAGAAGAGAAUUGGACAGAGGUCUAGAGGUAGGCUGAGAGAAAGUAAAGACCACAGAAAACAUGGAUGUUGAUAAUGAAUGUCUAAAGUAAAAGGCAUCAGUCAGUAAGUCCACCUCUAUAGCCCCAGUGGUCUUCAGUUCUGUCAUCAGGUGCAUUGCGUGUGCCUUCACUCUGCAGUGUCAUUAGUGACCACAGCCCUGUCUGCACCUUACAAGCUGCUGACUGGGAGAAACAUGUGGAAUGCCGUCAAGCACAUUAUUAUACCUAAAGAAAAGGAGAAUCUCCUCUGCCUCCUCUACCCUAUUCAUUUUAAACUGACAAAGAUAUCAGGUGUGUUCUUCAGGAUGAGAUCCUUGUGUAGAGAACCUAUAGAGUGUACAAAUAAAAUGAAUAGGGUUCAACUUCACACCUCACAUAACACCUAAGGGCGAUUCCAUGGCAGCAGGAGUGGAAAAUAUUUGUGGUAUCUCAGAUUAUUCUGGCAAUUCUCACAUAGAAACUUCAUUGGGAGAAAUUGUGUUUGAAAUGCUUUGACAGCAAGAUGUUGUCUGUAGCAUGUAUAGGUUUAAAAAGUGCCUAUAAUGGCCACUUGAUAGGGUUUUCUGUUCAAGGGCAUUUGUUGUCAAUACAAUUUUGGGUUUGUGAUACAAUGUAAAAAGCAUGUCAAACAUUCUUCCUCCCAAUUAAGUUUCUAUGUGAGAAUUGGCAGAACAAUCUGAGAUACCCAAAAUAUUUUCAGCUGGCGUGGAAUCGCCCCUAAAAGGAUUUAAGUUUUCUCCAACCCAAAUGUUCUUGACAACAAAUGCACUUGAACAGAAAACCCUAUCAAAUUCUGUGCAGUUGCCAAGGUUCGAUGUAGCUCACGAAACUAGAGACACAUUUCAAGAGCCGCCGCAUUAUCGAAUUCAACACAUUAUUUGUAUUAGUUUGGGAAUAUUUGGGAAGGCUGUUGCUGUGUAAUGGCUGCCUCUCCUCUCCCCAAACCAGAGCCAUCUUUACGAAAUCCCAUUCCCUUCCUACGAUGUUCACUGAUAGCUGUUCUGGGAAUUAAGUGAUUGACGAUGACAGAGAAGUCUUAACUGGUGUAGUGAAAACUUUUGUGAGAAUGUGAUGAGAGCUCCACCAUAUUUCUUCAGACAGUUACUCGUCCCUUUACUUGCCUCCACCCUCUCCUUCAUUCUUCUCUCUCUUUUCCUUUCUUUUUCUCUGCCCUCCUAAACACGUCUUUUAGGGUUCGGCUACAUUGAAACGCCCAACACAAAUCUUCCAAGAGCACACUGGGUGUUGAGAACCAGUUAAGACAAGACACCAAGGUUAAUGACACGCAAACAAAUGUUUCAACACCAGAACACACACAGAGACAUACACUGAGGCCCAUGGGCUCACCCACACAGACAUGCACAAUAGCACUGGUAAAUGUAGCCAUUGACUGACUCACACCAUUUGUGCCUUGAUACAUUAUCAAUACAGGAGCACAGAACGACAAGUAAAUACAUGUAAACGAUAUGUAAUAUCAGUAAUGAAACAGCAGGGAGUUGUAUGUUAACACCGACAUAAGGCUGUAGUUGUCCCCUUGCAGGAUGAAGCUCUGUUUUAGAUUUGUUUUUGUGUUUGAAAGUGAGCUGGUUGUACAGAGUCCCACUUGUGGGAGAGAUGGAGAAACUAAACACCAGACUGAAGGUCUGUUUUCUGUCAGAGCAGGGAGAGGAGCGACCCUGGGAUACACACCUUUCAUGUGCUGACUUAGCCUGCACUGAAAACACACACACCCAGACACACACACAGAGCUGUGACUUAGACACUGAGAAUGGCCUCCAGUGUCUCUGUCCUUUAUGCACGGCUAUGUGAGGUGAGACAGGGCCUCUGUCUGAGCUCUUUACAUUAGGCAUGCUGAACCUGCUACUCCCAGACCACACACACAGGCAGACACACACAUACGUGCACUGAAUGGUAAUUCCCCCGGCAUACAGGGACAUCAUGUAAGGGGAGGGACUCUGCUGCCAGAAUGAACAGCUGCCUGGGCCAAAACACAUCUAUCUUUCACAGGAAGUCAUUGGUCAAACAAAUGUAAUUCACCAAGUGUUUCUGUCUUUUUUGUUUGAGCCAUUUAACCGUGACUGCAACUUUCUAACACACUCUAAUACACACCGUCCACACACUCAAACACAGUUCACAUGAUUCAAACACACACACACACACUCACACUCACACACACACACUUUCACACUCACACAUACACACAGGUAGCGUAGCGGUUAAGAGUGUUGGGCCAGUAACCGUAACUGGUUCGAAUCCCCGAGCCGGCAAGGUGGAAAAAUCGGAAGACACAUUACAGUUGAAUUUAUUCAGUUGUGCAACUGACUAGGUAUCCCCCUUUCCCUAUAUACACACACAGCUACUGUAGAGUGGAGACAGAAGAGCAAGGCCGAGGUCCUGUUUCAUAAAAGAUGCCUCACUCACAUACACAUUGUGGUUUCAGUGCUUUGCAAACACAGACUGUCUCUGUUGCACUGUGAGCAGCUUAUCUAAACACAUACGUACUCUCACAUGUAUUUACUCAGUGGUGUUUAUUCUGGGGACAUCAAGGGUGACAUUAUGACAUGAUGAUGGCAGAAAAUAUUGCUAGUAUUGUCACAUCAGAUGUACAUUUCCCAUACCUAAUAUUCUACUUUGGCCACCAUAUUGAAUUUGGCCAUAUCCAUGGUGGCCUCUGGACAUAAUUCAAAUGAUAUGAGCUCAAGAUGCCAAAGCCACUGAGAGACUUUCAACAGUAAAUGGCUGGCACCUGUCUAUUACACUCCAACCAGUGGAGGCUGCUGAGGGGAGGACAGCUCACAAUAAUGGCUGGAACGGAGCGAAUAGAAUGGCAUCAAAUACAUGGAAAUCAUGUUUGAUGUAUUUGAUACCAUUCCACCAUUCCGCUCCAGCCAUUACCACGAGCCCGUUCUCCCCAAUUAAGGUGCCACCAACCUCCUGGGACUCCAACUAAAGAUGACUAAAACAGUACUACAAAAGAUGGCACUGUAACAGUACGUUGCCACGGUAAAAAAAGCAGCACACAUGUACAGUACAGACGUCCUAUCUUAAUUUGCCCAGUUUCUUACAGCAGGAAACUAAUCCUGCAGCAACAGGAAAUGUGAAUUAUUAUGUGGAUUAUAUUAUAUUAAUUCACAUUUUUGUGGGGGUUGAUGCAGUUUUAGUUAGGAUAAAUCAGGUCUGACAUUUUAAAGUGGAAAUUACAAUUUUAGAAGCCUUUUUAACCUCGAAUACGCUACAAUUGCUGCACAGGAAAAUUAUCUGCGACAACAGAGUGAUCAUAUUAAGAUAGCGCAUCUGUAUGAGAUCAGAUAGUGCUCUCCCUCACUGCCUCUUGACUGCCCGGUGAUUUACGGAGGCAUGUGUUCAUGUUCACUUGUUGGAAAGCUGCUAAAAUAAGGAAGUGUGGUAGAUACCUGCUCCCGGAGCGAGCGGUGGUCUGGGAGCCAUCAGCCUUGAUCCCAUAACUCAAGAGCCCAGCCCUGGACGGUCCUGUCAGCCUGAAGGAUGGGACAGAGACAGAGAGAGAGGCUGACCUGGGGACAGAGUGGCCGGGCCCUUCACACAACCAUCCAUUAUUCCCUUGUUAUAAAUAAAAACCUGUCUGUCCACACUCUGCAACUGGAAGAAGACGGGGAAAUAUAUCAAGCUUCUGUGUACUGUAAGACACAGUCAAUAGCUGAUAGCAUCAUGUGCAUCAUGUUUGCAAGGAAGAAAGUGAUCACACACAACGGAGUACAAUGAUGGGAUUCAAAACAGGCACAUAAACAUGACAUACCCUACUGUUGUUUGUUUUCAUCAGAUAGAUAGACUACAACCGGACAUUGAAUCUAAACAACCAUUGAAUCUGAAAACAAAUUAAAGACACCCUGAUCCUAUCCUCAGGUUUCAUUGUGUGUGACUGAGACUGUUUACCUCUAUGUCCUUGAGAUAGUCUUUGAUGCGUGGGGUAGACCAGGGCUCUGUGUCUAAACCCCAAACCUCACUCGAUCUGCUUCAAUAACACACAAUGGUGUGUGUAGGACUUUCCACUUGUUUCUCUCCGUGAAUGUGGGCAACCCGCAUAUUUAACCUCUGCAGCAAACCUUUACAAUCGUUGAUCUCACAUCUCACAUCUCUUUAUCCUGCCGGUUAGUUUAAACUGAUACCAUCACCAGUUUACUCAUGCACAACUGUGUACCGCUCACACUGCGGUGCGCUAUACCACUCUGUAAGAACCAUUGUGCUCAGAGUCAUUUCAAACAGCGUGUUCUUCACGGCCAAUGAGCAGCGAGCGUCUCCUCCCAAGCUCCAUUAAGCAGGAGCAGAGUUAUUUAUCGGUUCUGAACAUCGCCGGCCACAGGUGCAGUCUGACCUACGGACCAGGGCUCCAGGGGCGGCCGGGCGUCCCACCAAACACUGGGGUCUCAGAGGGGAGAAGUAA